AUGUCGAGGGAGACCCCGCCCAGAGAGCCGAGGGGUGAGAGCCCUUCGCCGGCAGGUGGUAGUCCGCGUACACCACGUGGCGGUCUCUUGAGGGACCGUGUGAGUUUUUUUGAGCGCAUUUUAACCUCGCAAAAUCGAUCUGUGAGCACUGAGGAUCUUGAGCGCGCCGAGUCACCUAAUCGGGCUAGUGACAGCUCUUUUGAGGAGUCCUUUGAGCGGUUGGUGGAGGAGGGCGAGUUGAAUGGCGCCAAAGUGGUCAAGUUUGAGAAGAUAACUGUGAGGAAGAGUGUGAGGGAGGUGACGUCCAUCAGUAGAACUCCGAGCGAGGAGCACGGACUUGAGGAUUCGGCUUAUCAGAGCCAUGGGAUUCAGGGGAGCCAUGGGAGCAAGUCAAGCUCGGUCACGAGUUUUGCUAGAUUUCCGUCUGAGGAGAGCCUUGAGCAGCGGUCCGGCGAGGACAGGGCGGGCUCGGAGUGGUAUGCUGAGUUUCAUAAUCAGAGCUUCCAGAAUGUGUCUGCCAGGAUGGAGUAUGUGAGGAGUCGGAGUGAAUAUGACGCACAUAUUCGGGAGAUUAAAGAUGAACAGGAACGAGUGCAGAAGAAGACCUUCGUCAAUUGGAUCAACUCUUACCUCUCCAAGAGAAUUCCACCUCUACGAGUGGAUGACCUAAUCGACGACCUGAAAGAUGGCACUCGUCUUCUUGCCCUUUUGGAAGUUCUUUCUGGAGAGAAACUGCCAGUGGAAAGGGGCAGAAACCUGAAAAGACCCCACUUCCUCAGCAACGCCAACACUGCACUACAGUUUUUACAAAGCAAAAAGAUUAAAUUAGUCAACAUAAAUUCAUCGGAUCUAGUCGACGGACGUCCGCCAGUCGUACUGGGUCUCAUUUGGACCAUCAUCCUGUACUUCCAGCUACGGUCAAAGGAUCGAAGAAUGAUUGAGGAGAACACCAGAGCACUGGAGUAUCUCGGCCAGACGUGGGGCAGCCAGAGCAGUUUGGAGAGUUUAGGGACUCAGGGAUCAGUGGCUAGUGAGAAAAAACGACUCAGCAGUGAGAAAUGGAAACAGGGAGCCAGGAAGACUCUACUUCAGUGGGUCACCAAUGCAUUGCCAAAGGAAAUGGGAAUAACAGUUCGUGAUUUUGGCGAGAGUUGGAGAGACGGCAAUGCUUUCCUGGGAAUAAUCGACGCGAUCAAACAAAAUCUUGUCAACAUAGCGGCGAUGCGGGGAGCAACGAACCGCGCUCGAUUGGAAACGGCUUUCAAUGUUGCUGAAGAAAAAUUGGGUAUUGCGCGGUUACUGGAUCCUGAGGAUGUCGAUGUACCGCAGCCAGAUGAAAAAUCUAUCAUGACCUAUGUUGCACAAUUUUUGCACAAAUAUCCAGAGCCAAAAUCAUGCGAUAAUGACUCGUUUGCUACUGUACAGCAGGAGUAUGAUGCCCUCCUUACUUGGCUCAAUGAACGCACGAGAAUGCUUGAGCAGCUUGACAGAACUCACUCGUUUCCAUCGAGUUAUUCUGAUUACGCCGCAGUUCGUGGCGAAACGGAUGAGAAAUCCAUUCUCUACAAGAAGCUUCACCGCCUGGUAGACACCGCGAGUGUCAUCAGCAUAACCCGCGACUCGUGGAAGCACAUUCAGAUCCUCUGGGAGAAGCUCGAGCUUCUGCUGUUAAAAUGGCUGUGGCUUUUGGACUCAUCCCUGCCAGGAGAAAUCGGAGAGACCGGGCGCUGGCUAGCACUGGCCGAGUCCCUCAUAACUUCAGACCACAACAUCCCCGAUGAGAUGAAUGAAACAACCGCGGGAAUAAUCUCCGAAAAAUUAGAGGAGCACAAAAAGUUCUUCCUGGACCUGCCGACCAUGAUGGAGAAGUUCCACCGCGCGAAAACCUCUCAAAUUGCUCGUCAAAUUCCCCCAGCACAACUGGAGAAUAUGGCGCAACGUUUCGAGAGCCUUCCCGAUCGCGCAGCCAAGCGCAGAAUAAAACUCAAGUUUUUGGAGCACAAGUGCUGUCUCGUGGCAUUCCUCUAUCUCGUAGAAACAAAACUCAAGACCUGGAGCAUUAAAUACGGCACCGAGGACCAAGUAAAUCAAAUGCUGGAGCAAUACCGAAAUUUUGUCUCUCGAAAUAGAAUUUUCCAGGAAUUUCAGAAAGCUUAUCUGGACAUGCAACAAGUCGUGGAGGAGUACAAGCGCGAUGGGGGAAUUGACAGCAAGGAGGCGCAGAACGUUGAUCGUUUCAUGUUCGAGACUUCGGAGAAGUGGAAGAAGAUCUCCAUGGAUCUUCGUUGUGUGCAGAGCAUGCUGGAGGAGGUGGUGGCUUAUUGGCGCCGCUGGACCUCGAUUUCUCAGGAGUUUGAGGCCUGGCUGAUUCGCGCCGAACCAGCGCUCAAGUUGCCCGAUGAAGAAAAGAUGGAGUUCUUCCAAGAUAUAGGCAUCUGGAAAGACAAACACCAACAACUAUCCGAAACCGUGAGCUUCUUAAUCGCCACUUCCGACGACGACGUCUCCCUUCGCCUCCGCGAUCGCUUCACAGAAAUGACAAAUCGUUGGGAGCGACUCUUCCUCGAGGCGCGCCAAUACAUGCACGCUGGUGAUCUCCUGAGGAACCGCAAGAGCUACAGAUCCGAAGUCGAGCGUCUUCAGACAUGGCUUCGUAACGCUGAGGACGCUCUGUCAACCUCUCAGCUAACAUCGAUUGAAAAAAUAAAGGCCUACGGUGAGAGACUCGAAACCCUCAACAGCGAGAUCGAGGGUCUCGAGGAAUUGUUCAGAAGCAUCUCCAAGAAAUUCCAAACCCUGAUACAAGAUUUAUCCCGAGAAGAAGUGGACAAGAUGAUGAACACCCUGAAGAGAGAGAAAGAGGAGCUGGUGAAAGUCCGUGCAUUGAUUCCCAUGGGACUGCAUCUGUACCAUCAAUUAUUGGUUCAGCACGAGUCCCUGGAAACAGGAAUUCGAGAGAUCUCCUCUUGGCUGGACGAGGCCGAGCGUUUGUUGGCAUCAAUCGACCUCUCCGGAGGUAGAGACUCAGCCCUGGCCCAACUGGAACGCCACAAGAUCUUCUUCUCCAGAACUCUCUACUACAAAUCAAUGCUCGAGUCGAAAAACAAACUUUUCUCGAGCAUCAUGAAGUCUGUGGACGCCCAGGGUAAUCCGGAGACUGCCGAGGGUGGAAAGCACCUUCGAGCUUUGAUCGAGAGGUUCACCAGGGUCUCUCAGGCCGCACAACUCAAUGAACAACGACUGCAGGAGGCUGUCAGGUGCUGGACCAAAUUCAGGGAGUGUGAGAGACAGAUUUUCGAGUGGUUGACAGCUGCUGAGAAUUUGAUCAGCGACAGGAGAAAUGAUAACAGGCAGAGUGUUGAUAAUCACAAAGCUUUCUUUGGAAAGGUCAAUGAACGAUGGAUUCAGGACCUCAUUAAUGCUGGCCAAGACCUCAGAAAUGCACUUCCGCCUGCUCAACAGCAACCGAUCAUCGAAGCUGUUGAUGGGUUGCAGCAACGGUGGAGGGACGUCCUAGCAUUUGCGCCCCUUCACUUGAUGAGACUAGAAUUUCGAUUGGAUGAGACAACUUUCUUGCAGUAUCUCAAAGAUAUUGAAAUGGAGAUUAAUUCGGAGCAGCAGGCGUUGAUGAAGAAUGAGAAUGUUGAUUCUAUUCUGGGGAGGAAUGAGGAGUUCUUUGUGAAGAAGGGAGUGAUCAGUGAGGUACAGAAGAGUCUGCAGAGUCUGAAGAAAAUUAGCAUUGCCUACACGCAGAUGAAGCCUGAAGAUAAGACACUGCAGGAGGCAGUGACACAGGCUGAACAGUUGUGGGAGGAUUCAGCUCAGAGGAUUGAGAUUAUCAGGGAACAGCUGAAACAGGUGCCCGAACAGUGGGCUGCGUACAGAAACAAAUUUGAUGAAAUGGUAAGAUGGAUGGAUCACGUUGAUGGUAUCAUCCGAACAAUCCUCAAAGAAGUGAACUCCCUGGAAGAGUUCCAAAAAGAACGAACAAUUUUCCAGAUGCAAUCUCUGACGAAUGUGUGCCAUGAUGCUGACAGCAAGCGAGAAGAAAUGAAGUGGUUGGUCCAGACUCUUGACAGUCUGACCACAAAUCGUUCAGACAACGAGGCUGUGAAUGAGCAGCGUCAGUUGGAACAUUUGAUAACUCGUUACAAAAAUUUGAUACCAACGAUUGAGAUAACAAUGACCAAGACAGACAUCUACACGAAGAGUUAUACUUAUCGUAAAGAAGUUCACGAGGUUUGCACUUUGCUUGAAAAAGUAAGGCGAGAAUUUACGGUGGAGAGUCCAGAGGUACCAGCUGAGGGAGAGAAGGCAGCUGAGGUGCUGAAGGAGGCUGUCAGCAAUCAGGAGAGUCGAUUGAGCCAGUUGGAGACCCAAAGGGCCAAUAUUCUCAGUAUGUUGCAGCGUGGGAAAGAUUUGCUGAAGGACCAGCACGCACCUCCAUUCGUUUCCUCGGAGAUUCAGCAGUUGGAGUCGAGCUGGAAUGACACUUAUGGCCACAGUGUUGAUGCUCUGAAGACCUUGAAGACGUCUCAGAAAUUGUGGGAAGCGUACGAACAGCAAAAGGAGGAAAUCACCAAGUUGAUGAGAGAAGCCAAUGAGGAACUCCAGAAGAUAAAGAGCAUGAGCUUCAGGGACACCCAGCAGGUUGCUUCCAACAUCAAAUUCCAGAAGGAAUUCUGCUCGAAUUUGAAGAAAUCCUCUGGGGAAAUUAUCUCCAAACUAAAAGAUACUGAAGAGAAGAUACGGGAUAUCUCACCUGGGGAGAUUACAAUUACCAUCAGGGAGGAAAUUACUAAAAUUGAGAAGAUUGUGCACACGACUAUUGAGACCGUGGAGAAACGUGUGACUCAUCUCGAGAAGCAGGGGGCUAAGUGGUCCAAAGUACAGAGUGAAAUGACAGAGUUGAAGAAUUGGACUCAGCAGAGCGCUCCCCAGGCGAUUGCCACUGUGCAGGAUGUCGCUACUACACCAGAGGAGAGAGUGAGGAAAACGGAAAUGCUGCAGAAGCAGAUUUUGGAUAAAAUCACGAAUCUUAAAACACUGGAGCAAGAAUCCAAGGAAUUGAUCACAGAACAACCGAAUCCCGACUCCAAGCUCCUAAAAACCGAGAUAAUCGAGCUUGAAAAAUCCCUCCAAGCCCUCAACGACAGCAUUUCCCACCAACGUGAGGAUGCAACAAAAAAUCUUGCCACUUGGAAGCAAUACGAAGUGAAGAUUGAGAAAGUCAAACCCUGGAUUGAGCAAGCGGAGACCCAAGUGGCCACAAUAGGUUCAAAACCAUCGACUCUGCCUCAAGCCUUCGAAAUGCUCCAAACAGCGCGGGCCUUCGAGCGCCAAUGCCAGCAGCAUUUACCACAAAUCCAAGAUUUAUCUCAAGUGAGCCAACAAAUCGAGGGAAGAACAGUAGCUGCAGACGAAGUGGACGCAGUUUACACUCGCUGGAACGCUGUGCACGACAUCUCAACUCAAACAACAACGAAACUAGACAAAUUAGUGUUAUCAUGGACGAAUUUCGAGAAGGACAUGGGAGAGUUUGAUAAUUGGCUCAAGAGAAGUGAAGAGACUGCGGAGACUCAGCCGAAUGUCCAGACCCCAGAGCCGUCCAAGUUGGAGCAAGACCUCAAUCGUUUGAAAGAAUUCAACAAAGUGAUUUCCGAUCGUCAGGCACAGCUGAUCACUCUCACUCAGGUGUCCGACCACAUCAGCCACGGAUUGUCCAUCGAAGGUGCCACGACUCUCAAGACUCGAGUCUCCGCGACGAAGGGACGAGUAGGAAAGCUCGCAGACAGCGUCAGACAACAGAUCAAUCUCGUCUCAGAUGCUCUACUCGCUCGUCAAGAGUUCCAGAUGAAGAUUUCCGACUUCGAGACCUGGAUGACCCAGUCACGUGCCAAUAUCACUGAAGUCAGUGAUGCUAGUGUCGACAAUGUCGAUGGCAAUCUUCAAGCCCUUCACGGAUACCUCCAGGAGCAUCGGGAGAAGCAGCCCAGUUUUGCGACAAUUUACGAAGAAGUCAAACGACUUUCUGCACAGGGUACACCUCAGGAGGCUGAAGCCCUCCACGAGGUUUACACGAAUUUAGCUGAUAAGUACAAAGCCCUGGAGGACGAUGUGCAGAAGAGGAAGAGGGGAUUGGAGAAGUGGGGUGAGCUUAUCAACUGGCACAACGAGACGAGCGCUCAACUCAGCCACACGAAAUACGAAUUGGACAAUAGAAAACCGACGGUUGAAGAUUUGGAUAAAUUGUCGAUUGAGAUUCAAAAGGUCUGCAGUAAGAUUGAAUCGUGGAAGGAGCAAAUUCCUCUUGUAGAUGAUACAAUGGGAAUAAGGAUGAGGGACAAGCAGGGGAAACCCUUGACAGCUGCGAGUCUCGUUCACGAAUUGGAGAAUAAAACAGUGGCUUUGAAAACGGAAAUCUCCACGAAACGAGAUAAACUGGAGAGUUUGGGGGCUCGUUGGGAUAAUUUCCGGAAACUCCAGGAGAAAUUAACGGAAGAAAUCAUCACAACUCAGUCAUCGUUACAGCAAAUAACUAUGUCAGUAAAAACGUGUGAACAAUUGGCUCCAGCAGUUGAGAAGAUCGAUGAUUUUAUUGAAGAUCAUCAACGAAGAGAGUCAGACAAAAGCACUCUUCAUCGUGAGGGAAAUAAUCUCAUCAAAGAGGACCAAAAAGCGAUGACCAAUGUUCAAGUUGUUGUCUCCUCAGUCGAUGCCAAUUGGGAGAAGGUCCACGACUUGUUGAAAGAACAACGGAAGAAGUAUUCCGAGAUGGACGCCAACUGGAAGAGCUAUCAGGAGUCCAGGGAGAAGCUUGUCAAGUUCAUGGAAGACUCUAAGAACCUACAAACUGCGCUGCAACAAGUCCCGAAUGACAUCACCCAGGCGAACGUUGCCCUUGAGAAGCACAAGCGUGCUUCAGAGAUUCUAAAGAAGGGAAAACAGUUCCUGGAGAAGAUGGACCAAAAGGCACAGCAAAUUAUCAAGGAGGCUUCACUGAUGCCGAACUUCAAGGGCGAAACAAUUGAGAAUGAUUUGUCCAGGAUGAGGGCUGAAUACCAGGAAAUUUACUCGAAAAUAAUCGAGAAAACGCAGUCACUGGAGAGCCAAGUGAUCAUUUGGAAGCAAAUAGAGGAGUCUAAAUACGAAUUGACUCGAUGGUUGAGCGAUACGAAUGAAGCACUGACAUCAGCUUACGAACGUUUGACUGACGCUGAGAACGGACAGGUGAGAUUGUCUCGUUAUCGCGAGGAACUUCCGACUUAUCAACUCUUGCGUGAAGGCGUAGCAACGAAAACCGAGCAGAUCGUCAAAAUCAAUAGCAACGCGAACAUCCCGACAUUAGAAUCUCUAAACCGACUCUUAGAUGAUCAGUUCAAAGCGGUCAAAGAGUCUGCUGACAAACUGGCAUCCCUCACCUCCAAUCUAACCGAAAAGGAGAGAGCAAUCAAGAAGAAUCUCAAGAAAUCGAGCGAUCAAAUCUCGAAAAUCCGAGAGGAAAUUAUAAAGUGCGACGAUUUGACUGGAGAAAACACCAGAAUCCUGGUGAGGAUCAAUAAGUGUCAGCAGUUGAAGAAAGAACUUGAAAAUUGCGAUGAAGAUCUUCAACGAGUUCAACAGGAAGUGGCGUCUGCCUCGGAAAAUUAUCCGGCGAUUCGUCACUCAACUCUACCGAAAGAACUGGAAUCGAUUCAGGAACGACGCAGAGGUGUCGUCAGCCACGCUGACAAGGUCGCAGCCACAUUAGUUGCAUUCCUGGCCAAAAUCUACAACGAGAAAUUCAGUGCUCUUCAGAGAAUGGUUGCGACGUACAAGGAGAAAGUACAGUGGUGUGCACCAGAGCAAAACAGCGAUAAAUACAAUCUCGAGGUGAAGAUGACGUCCUUAAUCGACGUUGAAAAGGGGAUAAAAGAGUGUAAAACCCGUAAAAUGGAAACUGACAAGUCCCUGGGGCUGUUAAAAACCGUCGAAACUCCAGAAACAAUUGCUGCCCUCACUUCUGAACGAGACAGUGUCUCUGGAGACCUAGAAUCCUUGGAGAAUGAUUACUCAAAAAUCAGGAAAAUUCUUCAGAAGAACAUUGAAUUGUGGCAGCGAUAUGAGACCACCUCGGAGACCAUUUCCACGUGGCUCAAAGAAACUGAGAAUAAAAUCAGAGCUGAGGGUACAGGCUUGAUUGAGUUACCCCGCGUUGAGGAGAAAAUUCAAGAAAUUGAUGAUUACAUUAAAACCGUGAACGCCUUCGAUAAGGAGAUGAAAGAUCUAUCGGCUCUUGGAGACAAUAUUGUGAAAGUUAGUCCGGAGUCUCGAGUGACUCAGUACGUGAGUCACCUGAUGGCUCGUUACCAAGCGAUUCAGAAAUUCCUGGCGCAACAUUUGGAAAAAUUGAGGGAAUUGAAGGACGGAAGGGAUCAGUAUAAAUCUCAUGUUCAAGACCUGGAGAGGUGGAUCGAAGGGGCUGAGAAGAAACUGAGAAGUUUGGAUGGCACCAGUGGUCCUAAGCCCAUGACUUUCUACCAGGCACGUCUGAACGAGCUGAAAGCCUUCAGGGAAGACCGAGAGGAGGGCCAAGGAAUUUUGAACAGAAUCUCCGAGGCUGGUGAGGCACUCUUCCCAAAGAUCACUCCUGAUCAGAGGGAGGCACUCAGAGCUGAGCUCAGAAAUCUCAGGAGCAGGGUUGAUGCAUUAGGAGACUGGUCCAACGGAAUUUACAAGAAGAUAGAGAAUGACAUGAUGCACAGGUCUUCAUUCGAGGACAAGUACUCGCAAGUGAAACAAUGGCUGUCUGAUACACAAGCUAAACUGGGUGACAAACAAGAGCUUUUGCCCACUCUUCAGGAGAAGAAACUCGCUUUGCACUCGUACAGGGCAAUUGCCCAGGACGUAAGCGUUCACAAGAACAUUCUUCAGCAGUUAUCAGCGCGUUUGGAAGAAGUCACUGACGACGAAGCCAGUGAAAUGCUGACGAGUGUCAUCGAGGGGUAUGAGGAACUCGCCCAGAAUGUUGAAGAUCGCAUUAGCGUUGCUGAGAAACACGUGGCGAAUCACGAAGCUUAUUCCCAAACAUUCGAUAAAACUCGAGACUGGAUUAACUCAGUUAUCAACGAGUUUUCACAUUUGGGCGAAGAUGUGCCUGUGGAGAGGGAGUCAGCUAACGCCAAGAUCAUUCAAAUUCAGAAUAUUCUGUCCCAGAAAUCGGAGGCUGAACGAAUCCUCGAGGAUUGCAAUCAGCAGUUGAAUAUUAUUCUCGAGCAGACGUCCAUUGCUGGACAUCCUGCACUGUCGAAAGCCUACGAAGCUCAGAAAAAGUCUUGGGAGAGUUUCCUGGCUCAACUCGAAGCUACUAAAGCCAAACUCAAUGCUCUGUUUAACCAGUGGACAGAGUUCGAAAAGAUAGUUGAGGAUUUGGAAGCUUGGACUAAGCAGAUGGAGUCGCGUGUGAAGGACCAAACGCUUAAGAGCACUGAAGAAACCAAAAGGAAUUAUCUUGAAACUUUGAUAAGCCUUGAAGAGGAGAUUUCCGCUAAAGUUGGAGAGUUCAAUGCUGCGAUCGAACGAAGUCAGGGGAUCGAAGCGGAUUCUGACCUCGCAACGAGAAUCUCCAGGCAGUCCACGCGCUACCAGGCUAUAAGGAAUCAAGCUAAAGAGGCUGUUGCCAGAUACGAGCAGUACGUGAAGGAGCACAGUGUCUUCAACGAGCGUUACAAUGAAUUCCUGAAGUGGAUCAAUCAAGUUCAAGAUGAAUUGAGCAAACACAGAGAGAUUGUUGGUGAUUUGGCUGCUCUCCAGAAUCGCCAGAAAAACAUUCAAGACCUGGCGGAUACCAGGACAAAAGAAAAUCCAAGGUUUGAGUCUGUGAUUGACCUUGGAGAGAAACUGUAUGCUCAUACAUCACCAGACGGCCGAGAGAUCAUUCGUCAGCAGUUGAGGGACUUGAGAGCCCUUUGGGAUGGAUUCACCGAGGAUUUGCAAGGGGCAACCCAAAAGUUGGAUCAAUGUCUCACCCAAUUUGCCGAGUUUUCAAUGUCUCAGGAGCAAUUGACGUCUUGGUUGAAGGAUGUGGAGCGCACAAUGCAUCAGCAUACUGAGUUGAAGGCAACACUCGAGGAGAAGCGUGCACAAUUGCAGAAUCAUCGAAUCAUGCAUCAAGAGAUCAUGUCCUAUCAGAAUCUGAUGGAAUCAGUUUGUGAUAAAGCACAGAGGCUGGUGGAUCAAACUCAGGAUACAUCACUGAACGUUUAUAUCCAAUCAAUCAAACAACUAUUCCACAACAUCGUUAUUAAAUCCCAAGAUCUCCUGCAGAACCUGGAAGAUUGCACUGAGAAACAUAAUAAAUUCAAUCUUCAAUGCAAGAACUUCGAAGACUGGUUGAAUUUAGAACGGGAGAAGUUGGUGGACUGCACUGACAUCACGGGCGAGCGUGCAGACAUCACCAGAAGAAUAGCAACACUGUCUGUGCUGAAGAGUGCUCAAUCCCAGGGCUUGGAUCACCUCGAAAAAUUGAAGCAACUGUCCAAAGUUGUUCUGGCAACGACGGCCACCAAAGGCCACCCAGCGAUCCUCAAGGAGGUUGAGACCCUCGAAACUGCUCUGCAACAACAUCUCAACGAGGUUGAGACGGUUGAAACCAGGCAAAAUGCUGCCCUCCAGAAGUGGCAGGACUUUGAGAAUCAGAUGGAUGGACAUGCCAAGUGGUUCAGAGCAAUGGAAGCGGCCUUCAGAGAUCAACAGCUGCAAUCAACCUUGAAGGAUAAGGAGGAUCAUCUUCAGUCAUUCAAAGAGAAGAGAGGAACGAUCUUGAAACGAGAAAAAGAAAUGGACGAUUUUGUCGACAAAUCUCAUGGGCUAUUGAACUCCAGUGGAGUUGACAGGAUAAAGCCAUCAAUUUCCCAAAUCAGUAAUCGGUAUCAGCAGCUGUUAGUUUUGAGCAAAGAAGUUAUUGAUCGCUGUCAGACUAUUGUUGAUGAGCAUCGUGCGUUUGAUGAGAAACUCAAGGCUGUGGAUGCCUGGUUGACACCGUUGGAGCAGAAUUUAAUGUCUCUGAGGGCUGAGGAAGUUGGUGGGGAUUUAGAAGCCAAGAGCAGUCGUCUGAAGAUGCUGUUGAGUGAAAGAGAGCAGGCUGAAGCGAAGAUUUCUUCUCUCAAUGCUGCUGGCGACAGGAUUCUACCCACUACCUCCGCUCAGGGUCGUGAAUUUAUCAGGCAGGAGUUGAGGAGCAUCAGAGAGAGGUGGGACAAUCUUGAUGAAGGUAUUGUGAAACAGCAGAAGAAACAGGAUGCGCAGACUAUGCAGUGGUCAAGCUAUCAGGAGACAUUGCAGCAGAUUCUUGCCUGGUUGGAUAAUACUGAGAGGUCGUUGAAGCAGGAUGCGUCGAUGGCCUGGUCCACACUUCCCGAAGUGAGAUCAAAGUUGGUGAAGAGCAAGACUCUCCACCAAGAGAUAGUGGCUCACAAACGAAUCAUCGAGGCAGUCUCAGAGAAGGCGAAUGCCCUCUCCCAAGCAUCUCAAAAUCAACCAGACAUUAUGGAAAGUGUUUCUUCAGUCUCGAAGAGAUACACUCAAUUGGUAGCUUCCUCCCACGAAGGAAUAAGAAACCUCGAAAAACUUGUGGAGAUCUUCCAGCAAUUUCACGACCUUCAAAAAGUCUAUCAAGACUAUCAGAAGCAGCAGUGGGAUAGGCUUGGCAGUUAUACCGAUUAUACUGGGAACAAAGCGGGUCUGCAAGCCAGGCUGGUUAAAGUUGUGGAGAUCCAGGAUGGACUGAGUGAAGGGGAGCACAAGCUCACUGUUCUCGAAGAGCACGUCAAACUAAAUGCAUCAACUCUUCCACCUAGGUCGCAAGAAUCUAUGGAAAGAGACGUGUCCAAUCUCAGAUUCGAGAACAAGAAAUUUGCGACUGCAGUGAAUGACGUAGUCCGUCGCCUCGAAGAGAGAAUUCAAUCGUGGAAUGAGUAUGAAAAUUCCCUAGAACGUCUUUUAGCCUGGCUAUCGGAGGCUGAAGCAAUCCUGAAGAAUUAUACACUGAAGAAUACGAUAGAGGAGAAGCAAGAGCAGCUGGAAAAGUACCAGGAAUUACGAAAGACAGCUGAAUCACGAGGAAUCGAGGUGACGGAACUGGUGUCACACAGUGAUCACUUGGAGCAAUCUCUGUUGACCAAUCUCCGAAGCCACGAAGCAGAGUUCGACAAGAUGAGCGAUGACUCUUCAGAUUUAAUAGAAUCCAGUAACGAGACGAGAUUCUCCUCAAACGUCCAACAAAUCACUUCGCGCUUCCAGUCGAUCCAAGCAACGGCAAAGGAGCUCGUUAAAAAAUGCGAACAAGCAACUCAAGAUCAUUUGGUGUACCUCGAACGCUACAAACAGUGCACAGACUGGCUGACAGCCUCACAAUCCCACUACCAGGCGACAUCGGACAUAUCAACAGCGGACAAACAGGAGCUGAUGGUCCACGGUGAGACCCUGAGGAAUCUCCUAGCUCGCAUUGCAGCUGGCACUCUCCUGGUGAACAACGCAGUCGAGGCUGGAGAGCGUUUGUACCCAACGACAGGUUCAGAAGGUCGAGAGAUCAUUCGCCAACAGCUGCUGGACCUCCAAAAAGCCCUGGAAACUCUUCACGACGGUGUCACAUCGACAGAACGCGACAUUCAAUUGAAAAUAUCGCGAUGGCUGGGCUUCGACGAAUGCAGUGACAGCUUCGAGAAGUGGCUGACUAAAUUGGAGAAGCAAAUCAAGCCUGAAAUCGAGCUGAGAACAACCCUAGAUGAGAAACGAAUUCAGCUACAAGUUUAUCGAGACUCGCUUCAUGACAUUCAAACACACCAGGAGGAUCUGUUCGCCCUUCGAGACAGGGCGGAGAACCUCCCCGAUAAGACAGAGAGAACUGACAAAGUCCUCGCUGGUUUGGCGCAAAGACACGCAACACUGCUGAAACGAGUGCAAGCAUUUGUGGAGAAGUACGAGGCCAUCGUCAGCGAUCAUCAGCAGUACAGCAAAGCUGUCAUGGAGACUCAUCAGUGGCUGGACGCAACCCACAAUGCAGUGAAUCUCUGGGGGGACACUGACCUGGAGAGAGUCUCACUCCAUACGAAUCUAGACAGACUGAAGAACCUUCUGCAAGGGCUCCCUGAGGACGAGCCCAGAAUUCACCAGAUCGAGAAAUUGGGGGAGAAGGUGAUCCCAGGGACUCUUGAAUCAGGCCAAGUAAACAUUCGAUCCCAGAUUGAUUCUUCUCAACAGGAAUGGCAGAGCCUGGUCUCAGCUAUAAAAUCAACGAUCGAUGCGCUUGAAACGAAACUCCAGCAGUGGAACGAAUUCGAAAUAUUGAGAGAGAAAUGUCUGGAGUGGAUUCAGGAUACUGACACUAAACUUCACGCUGUAGAUCUCAAAUCGACGUUGUCGGAGAAGAAGGAGCAGCUGGACAAGUUGCGAGCUCUUCAGGGAGAAGUCAGAGCCAAAGAGCUGGAAAUUGAUGCUGUGACUGAGAGGGCUCAACAGUUGAACAAAAGCUUGACCUCUCGUGCCUCAAAUAUUUCUGAACUCGGUAUCAAGUAUCACCAGAUCAGUAACAAAGUUAAGGAGUUGAACAAUCGUUGGCAUCAGUACGUGGCCAAUCACCAGGACUUUGACAAUCAGAUGGCUGCCUGCAUGGGCUGGUUGGAGGGAAUCGGUGAAAAGCUCGGCUACUGCUCGGACCUCAGUGCCUCCUCCCGAAAGGAUUUGGAGAUCAAAAUGGAGAUGAUACAGGGACUGCUACUCUACAAAGAGGAUGGCUUUGCGAAAAUCCAGGGGAUCAUCGAGUUGGCGCAAAGUGUUCUUGCUAAUACUGCGCCAGGUGGUCACAAAGCAAUCAACCAAUCUGUGGCCAGACUCCAGGAGCAAUGGAGCUCACUAGCUUCCAAAAUGCUGGAGACAAAGACUAAUCUCGAUGACUCUAUCAACAAGUGGACUGGACUCCUGGAGCAGAUUCAAUCGAUCACGAAGACUGUCGAGUACAUGCAGACGUCUCUCAACGAGCUUCUCCCAUUCCAAACGACAAUGUCGGAGAAACGAGCGCAGCUGGAGCGGAUAAAAGCUCUGGAGGAAAAAGUUAGAUGCGAGAAUAUUGAGGUUGACGGGUUGAAGGCCAAAGUCGCUGAGAUGAUUGCCAGUGGAGUUCAGGGAGCGUCAGCGUCUCAGGCUCAAGACACCCUCAAUAAAUUUGACCAACUGUUCGAGCAGAUUAAAUCUCUCCUGAUUCAACGUGAAGAUCAAUACAAGGACCACAAGAUUUACAAAGAAGCUCACGACGAUCUGAUCGCUUGGCUGAAUCGUGCGAGGGAGAAGAUUCCGACGAUUAAGCAGAAGACUCUGAGCGAUAAACUGGCGAUUGAAAAUGCUGUCGCACCACUGGAGAGCCUCCUCAACAAAAAAGCUCAGGGAGAGCUUUUAGUGGAGCAGCUCCAAAAUACUGGACAAGUUGUUUGCGCCAGCACCAGUGCCCAGGGUAAAGAGGUAAUCAGGAACGAGAUCAGGGCACUGGCUGAGAGCUUCGAGACCAUGUUCAGGGAGAUUCAACAGCAGAAGAAUCAGUUGGAGGAGACUGUCAACCAGUGGCGAGAGUACAAGGACGAGUACGAGCGUUUGAGUGAUUGGCUUCAGCAGUACGACAUCCUGAUCAAGACGCAGAAGAACGCACUGCUGCCCAAUAUCGAAGAAAAAGAGAAACAAGUGAAGGAAGUCCAGGAUAUUCUCGAGAAUUUGGUCAAGGGUCAAGAGCAGAUCGACAAGUUCAACAGGGCAGCUUCUACCCUUCUGUCCUCUCACUUGGAUACUUACGUCAACAAUCAACUGAGGCACUUGAACUCCCGUUACCAGGUUCUGGUGAAUCUCGCGAAGGACGUGCUGAACAAAGUCGAAAAUAAUUUGAGCCAGCAUCGGGAGUACGACUCGAACCUCGGCAAGGCGCAAGAAUGGAUCGACAAUGCCAAACAAAUAAUUCGCCAGGGAACAGAGGCUGCCUCGACCAGCAGUCGUGAGGAGCUCCAGAAGAGAUUGGACAAGAUUCAAGAUUUAUUGAAGAAACGCGAGGAGGGACAGAACCUGGUGCACUUGACCGUCAAUUGCGGUGAGAAAGUGGCCAGGAACACGAGGUCCGAUGGACGGGAGGAGAUCAAUGCUCAGCUGAAGGAGAUCCAGAACGACUGGGAGCGUUUGGUGAAGAAGAUCUCAACUACUAAAGUUCACUUGGAGACGAGCCUCCUUCAGUGGGCUGACUACAGUUCGUCCUACUCGCAAUUGCAGCAGUGGAUCAACGACAGGGAAGCCAAACUCCAGCAAGUCUGCGAGCAAAAGGUUUCCAAAGCGAAGAAAGGCCUGGUGGGGCUCAAUUCACUGGCAAUUGGAGAACGAAAGGCCAACUUGAGGCAGACGAACAGUAUCGUCCAGGACAUCGUGGCCUUCGAGCCGAUGAUUCAAUCUGUAACGACAAAAGCAGAGGAUCUUCAGCAAGCAACACCGGCCACCGAGAUCUCGAUAAAGUACGAAACCCUGAGCAAACACGCCCAGGAGCUGUAUGCGAGGCAAAAGGAAACCGUGGAGCAGCAUCAAGCUUUCAUCGACAGUGGUAAUGAGUUUGUUCAGUGGCUGAGGAUCGCCAAAGAACGACUUGGAAAAUGUUCAGAGCCCACUGGAGACAAGGAGUCCCUCUCCAGCAAGAUAACUCAGCUCAAAGUCCUCCAGAGUGAACUCCCCGAGGGACAGCAGAAACUCGAGAGAGCUCUGGAGUGUGGUAAUGCUGCUUGUCAAAUAGCAGACGCCGAGGACAAGGAAAUAAUCGAGGAAGAAGUUGCCAUACUGCAAGAGGAGUACGACAAUUACGUUGAUGCCCUGAACAAUGCCAAGAGUUUACUGGAAAUCGGUAUAGUCAAGUGGACAGAAUACGAGGAUCAGUACUCUGAGUCGUUGGAGUGGCUCACGCAGACAGAGCAAUUGGUUCAGCCCUUCAACAAACUCCAGGACAGCCUGGAGGAGAAGAAAAAUGUUCUUGAACAAUUUCAGAUUCAUCUGCAGACGCUAUUCGACUGGCAGAAAGAACUCGACAGACUCAACAUGAAGGCACAGGUGCUUCUGGAGACCUGUGCUGACACCAGAAUAUCAAAUCAAGUCACCCAACUUACCACAAAGUACAACGCACUGUUGUCCCUUGCGAAAGAAAUAAUGCGACGACUCGAAUUGCAUUAUCAGGAGCACCAACAGCACAAUACUCUUUACCAGGAGUGCCAGGACUGGAUUGACAGGACUCGAGACAAGUUGGCUGAGUGCAAAUUGAUUCCAUCGACCCUCACUGAAGUCAACAACAAACUCAACACCUGUAAGGCCAUUCGUCAGACGUUGGAGCAGGGCCAGAAUAAACUGAGAUACGCCUUGGAGCUGAAGGAGAAAGUUAUCAUGAACACCGAGCACAAUGGUGCGGCAAAGCUUCAGGAAGACACUGACAAUCUCAGAGCCGACUUUGAGAAACUCAUGACUGAUGUUGAAGAGGCACGACAGAAGCUGUCAGUUCGUGCCACAGCACUUGAGGAACUCGCCAAGCUCCAUCGGCUCAUCACCGAUUGGAUCGACGAGGCUGAAGUCAAGGUGAGACCUGAGGAGCCUCACAAGAACGACUUGAGUGAGAAGAGAGCACUCCUGGAGAAGUACAGAACUGUCCAGAGAGACAUGCAGGUCCAGGCUGACACAAUCGACAAAUUGAAGUCGAAAUUGAGCGAGGAUUCUAGCAUUGCCAGGGGACCCUAUGACGCCACCAUCUCCAGAUACCAGGAUCUUCGUAAAUUAGUCGGCGAAAAGAUCGCAACGCUGGAGGAUCAGGUGAGAGAGCACGAGAGGUUCCAGCAGGCUCAGAACGAGGCGUCCGAUUGGGUCAGGAAGAUGAAGGUGGACGUUCAGCAGUACAGUAUGACUCACGGGGAGAAGGAGAAGCUCAUCGAGCGGGAGAGGAAGAUCAGUGAGAUCAUGCAGUCGUUGUCCCAGGGAGAAUCCCUCAUUACGAAAGUGGUCGACCUCAACGAAUCGGUAAUUCGUUCGACAGGAGCUGAAGGCCAAGACACGAUCAGACAGGAAGUGCAACAACUCCAGCUGGACUGGAAGUCCUUGAAGACUCAGUGUGAAGAGUCCCAGAGGACAUUAUCAAACUGCAUAUCCAUGUGGUCGCAGUUCAAUGCCACCACUGAUAGCAUGAAGGCCUGGCUUGACCAAUUCCAGAGCAAAAUAAACGACGAACAGAGCCGCGAGAAUAAAACUCCAGAGGAUCUUGAGAGAUGCAAACAGCUGGUGGAGGAGGCAAUUCGUCAGAAGCCAGUUCUUGAGGAGUUGAAUGACAAGUGUGAAGCUCUUCUCGAAAUUUCGGCCUGCAGCUGGGCGAGAGAAAAGACUGUCCAAUUGCAGUCAAUUUACACAGCACUUCUGACUGACGCCCAAGGGUUGGUGUCAAGAGUGGAGAAAAAUUUGUCCGAUCAUACGGAAUUCUUGAAAGCUAAGAACCAAAUGGAGGAUUGGCUGCAGACAGCGCAUGGCUCAGUGCAGGAUUGUGCUGGGGUGGGAGAUCUAGACUGGGCUCGUGAUAAACUCGAGACAACGAGAGUGGUAGCAACUAGAAUAACUGAAGGACAGCAUUUGUUGUCAACGCUUCAGAACGCCUUCGCCAAAGCAAUAAACACUGCACUCCCUGAACAGCAGGAUCAGCUGAGGGCCGACAUGGCUGCGAUGAGGUCCAGUUGGGAGCAACUCAGCAUGGAUCUCAACACUGUCCAAGCCCAAGUGAAAUCGAUUCUGACUCGAUGGGAGGAUCACGGUGACGCCUACGAGAGAUUUGACAAAUGGCUGAAAGACAUGGAGACCACGAUCCAGUCGCUUCCUGAUACUAAAGGGGAAAUUGGCGAAAUGAAAACUCUUUGCGAACGCUAUCGCCAUAUUCAGGGGGAGGUCAAGGUCAAGAAGACUGAUUUAGAUCAUCUGCUGGAGGAGUCUGUGGAGCUGUCUUCGUGGGCGAAAGAUAGCAUAACAGAAGAGAGGGCCACGAAACUUGCCAGCCGCUGGGAGUCUCUGCGAAAGCUCGUGGAUGAGCAGAAGAGCCUAGUGGAAAACGAAAUCAGAGAGUACAAUUCGUAUCACAAUGCACUUCAGGAAACGGAAAAGUGGCUGCUUCAAGUUUCCUUCCAACUGAUGGCUCACAAUUCAUUGUUCAUUACUAGUAAAGAACAGACUCUGCUGCAGAUUAAACAGCACCAGAGUCUGCUGCAGGAGAUUAAUAAUUAUCAACGCAAUUUGGAUGAGCUCAAGGACGAAGGACAGGGACAAAUCGAUCGUUACGUCUCUGUGAAUGCUGCUAUUGAAUCCACCAUUCAAACUCAAUUGCAAAACGUUCAGGAUAGCUAUAAUUCUCUUCUGAAUACCGCACUGCAGAUUAAGAAUCGCUUGGACGAGUCUCUCGGUAAAUUUGAAGAGUACGAGAGAACGUUGGAGAGUAUCAUGAAGAAUUUGGACGCCUACGAGCCGGAGAUGAGUGACCAGUUGGACGCCCCAUUGGACACCCUUGAGAGUGCAGAGCAGAGUCUGGAGAGUGCUCGAACACUUCAUAAUAAACUUCAGGCGGAGAAGGCGAGACUUGCGGUGGCUAUCGAGGCUUGCGAAGCUGCCGCUGCCUGUGUGUCACGACCUGGCAGUCCGCUUGAUGCUCCACCGGUGCAGAUACCCCAGCGGGAAGUCGAAGUGAGGACUAGACUCGAAGAUUUAAUCGAUCAGGUAAUUACUAAAGAUAAUCAGUGUACUGCUGGCAAGCUGAAGGUACUCUUAAGUGAUGUCGAGAGUAAAGGCUUUUUAACGAAACUGAAUGACAUGUGCGAUAAGAUGCAAGUCCAUUUGGCAAACGUCUCAAAAGCCGUUGGCGAUCUCGAAGAGCAGACUCGCCAGAAGAACGCUCUUCGUACCUGGAUAAAUCAGCAGCGAGCCCUCUGUGCCGAGUGGAAAUCUCGUCCCGCAAAAUUGCGAGCAGAAGCAGCUCAAGCCGAGCUCCAGGCGAUGAACGACGUCUUAACAACUUUAGCAGACCGACGAACCCGCGUAUUAACAGAAAUGAAUCUUCGAACAGACGGUCAAGACGACGAUAUCGAGGAGGGUCUCAACAAACUUGAAUCAGAACUUCUGGAAGCAAUCGCUGACAAGCAAACGGCUCAGGACUUGAUACAAAAAUAUCGAUCCCAAGUUCACGACAUUCAAAACUGGUUCGACUCCCUUGCUAAGAAGGUAGACGUCAUCGAGAAAGGAAAUGGCUUGAACAUUGGUCAGAAGAUGUCAGCAGUGAAAAACAUCACUCUGGAAUUCGAGAGUCAAGCGCCACGGAGACUGGAAGAAGUCAAGAACUUUGCGGAUCAAGUGAUGGAUUCAGUCAGCAAUCUCGACUCUCAGCAGAUCGAGGAACAAAUCAAAUCGGUAGAGCGACGAUACGCGGACAUUGGCAAGAAGCUCCAGAGAAAAUCCCAAGUUCUGGACAUGACAGCUCAAGGAAUCGAAGCAACGCGAAAGGAGAUUGAGGACAACAGAGAGUGGAUCAACCAGAAGAAGCAGCAAGCCAGAGUCCGCCAACUCCUCGGCUACGAGGUCAAACCCGCCGACGACAGGGUUCAAUCGCUGAAAGCGAUGUUGAAAGAAGCUGAAAACAAACAGAUAGUUAUUGACACUUUGGAGAAACGAGUUGGCAAUAUGCAGAACGAGCUUGAAGUGGCCGAGCAGCAGGAAUUGGAGUCAAGUACUCGAUCGCUCCGUGGAGAACAGGCUGAGCUCUGUUCAAUCCUCAGAGAAGAGAUCUCCGGUGCGACAGCUGCCUCGGAUGCACGAAAGAAACUCGAAUCCAAUCUCGAUCGUGCAAAACUCUGGAUUCGGGCGACGCACAAUGACCUGAAGAAACUCAGUGGAUAUUUGCCACUGAGAAGCUUCAAAGUGGAGCAAGAUAUAGCCCACCACAAUGGGAUAGACACAGAGAUAUCAGCCUUCAGUGAACACAGUUUGAAAAAUGUGUUGAAGCACGCAAACUCGUUGAUGCGUGACUGCAACGAUGAAGAUCGAUCAAAGCUGCAGUCAAUCAUGAAUGCCCUGAGCGAGGACUACGAUGCCCUGAAGCAAGAAGCUGCGGAAAAGCAAGCAUCACUAGUAGAUCUUCUCCAAGGACGAAAGGCCUUCGAGAGUGAGAUCGACCGCUGCCAGCGGUGGAUCAAAGAAGCUGAGACUGCAACCUCCUCAGACGUGAGGACAUCGAGUGUCGACGUCCUCCGAGAGCAAUUAGCCAAGUACGAUCGUCUGAAGGACGAGGCCAAAUCAUUCGGCGAAGACGUUGAGAAGAUCCUGCAACAAGGCAAAUCCAUCCUUCCCACAGUGAGUGAUGCGGACAAAUUGGAAUUGAGUGAUCAACUGAAGAGCAUGAAGGAUGCACACAGCAGAGUAGCUGGCAUCAUCAAUGAGAGGGCAGCCACCCUGCAGAAGAGCAUAGCAGAGGCCGAGGAGGCAGCGGCGAGAGUGGCGGAGGCUGUUCAAUUCAUGUCAGACAUUCAGAAGCAACUGCAGGAGCUCAACAAGCCCAUUGGACCGAGGGUAGAGGACGUCGAGGGCAUGCUGACAGCCUAUGAAAAGAUCUUGGGAGAUUUGAAGGCGAAUAAGGAGAAGCUGUCUGACCUGCAGUCCGCUAAUAUCGGAGAUCUCCAUGGAGUCGUUGCCCAGCAGGACGACCUCAUUCGUGCUUUAGAAGCACAAAUAGCCAAGUUAAGACAGCUUCUGCUGCUGCGUCAGCAGUUCCUCGCUCUUAUCGCUGAGAUAACGACCUUCAUCGCCAAGUACACGGAAAUCGUUAGGGACAUCGAGAAGCAGGAUCAGCCGAUUGAGGAGAAGAUCAAAAGAUACGAUGAUGUGAUUUCGAAGAUACAAGAGUGUGAGGCGACGUUGGCUAGUGCAACGGACAAGGGACAGCAGAUUGCAGCUGAUGGAUCUGCGAUAGACAGAAACAACAUCACUGAACAAUUGGGAUCGUUAAAGCAACAGCUUCAAAGCCUCAGAAGAACUGUGGAAAUGCAGAGAGAUCAGCACGAGCUGACUGUUGCUGAGCACAAACGUCUGGCUGAUGAGCUCUCUGAUAUUUUGGAUGGCAUGGAUACCAAGGAGAAACUCGUCAAGUCUCGACCAUUGCUGGAGAGAUCUGCUGAGAGUGUUGAGGAUGAAAUCAGUAAACACAAGGUUCUCUGCGAAUCUGUGAAUGAGUAUCUGGAGAGAAUUCGAGCGCUGAAGGCAUCUGUUAAACAUGAGGAGAGCAUGCCCGGAUCGCUGAAGGAAAUGUUGAGUGAGGCGGUCUCAUUGCUGUCGUCAUUGCCGAGAGAGAUGGAGGAUCGUGGGGCUUACUUGGCGAGCAAUCAUCAGAUGCGACUUGAUUAUCGAGUGUUGACGGAGAAAUUGCAUAGCUGGGUGAGAGAGGCAGAGAUCAGACUGCAGAGCGAUAAGGAUGGAGUCGAUUUUGAAAACAUUGUCAGCGAUCUUGAGGAGCACAAAAUUUACUUCAGCUCGGAAUCGUCAAUUCGCGAGCUCGUGUCCCAACAGAUUCAGCAGUCAGCCGACAAAAUCUGGCCGUCGUUGACUAGUGCAGAGCAGGAGGAAUUGAGUCUUGAGCAGCAACAGCACACUCAACUGCUCAAGAACACUUUGAACACUGCGAAGUCACAUCGCGCGAGACUUGAGCAAGGCGCCGAGAGCUGGAAAGAUUACACUCAAACUUUGGAGCGUGUGAAAGCAGUGAUCGCUAGGACGAGGUUCACCGAUGAGCCUGUGACGACCCUUGCAGGACUGCAAUUCAAUAUUCAGAAGAUCACACACGCUCUUAAUGACAUUCAGAAUCAGCAAUUCGAGUUGGAUCUUUUGAAUGAACGCGGACAGGAAGUGCUAAGCCUAGCUGAUGUGAAUAAUCAUCGGAAUAUUGAGGCACAGUUGGCAGAGUGCAAUGCCGAGUGGCGAGAGCUUGUGUCUGGCUUGGAGGGACGUAGAGACACUCUGGAGGCGCUUUCUAAACACUGGGAGGAGCUUGAGGCGAGGUGGAGCCACACGGAGACGAGACUCACGGCUAUUGAGGAGAGAAGCAAACUUGUGGAUACUGUGGUCAGGUCGAAGCAACAUAUCAGGGACACCAUCAAGGCUCUUGACGAGUUGGUUGUCGAAGCUGAAAAGCUUGAGCCUGUCACGGAGGAGGUGAAGGGCCUCACUGGGCCAGUGUUAGCUUAUCUAGCAGCCUUCACCGAUACUCCAGCACGCGCUCUCCAAGAACGUUUCGACAAACUCGAGAAAUCUUCGGCAAUGCUCGUCACGUCUCUCCGUUCAAAAUCGGAAAAGGCCCGAGGUGACUUGGAAUCCCUCGAUCACGACGAGAGACAAGUCCGCCAGCUCCAACAACGCCUGGAGGAGCUUCACCAGCGCAUCGUAAUCUUCUACGUAUUUGGAUCGGAUCAAGAGGACAUUGAGAACUCAAUAGUCCACCUGAGAGAGAGUCUAUUUGAGCUUGUGGACACAGUAAAGAGAUUCUCCGGUAGCACUAAGGCGCGGUACCAAGCUAGCCAACAGCUGGUGCCGAGUGAUUUGGCUCAGCAAUUGACAUCCCUAGAGCUCAACGCUGAGAGCGCAGUACAAGCGAUGGAGGAGAAACAGAGGGAGCAGAAGCGAGCGCGAACAAUAAGGGGUGAUUAUUUAUCAGACGUCGAUGAGCUUCAAGCAUGGAUACGCCAGGCUGAACUCAAGGUUCAAGACAGAUCAGUCGAGCCAAUGAAACUCAGGGAAUCCCUUCGACAAAUUCAAUCGGAACUCACAGCUAUGGCUGACAAACUCGAGAGAUUGACGAAAAAUGGACAGACCAUCGUGGAGAACACGAGGGACGACGAGGAGCGAGAAUUAAUUCGCAAAACAAUUUCAAAUCUGACUGAGCAAUUGGGACAGAUAAGAUCGUGGCUGGAGGAGAAGAAGCAGCAGGUCGGUGAUACUCUUGAUGCCUGGCAGAGAUUCCUCGCUCUCUACGAAGCUGUCAGAGCUUGGACAGAGGAGAAGAGGAUAUUCCUCCAGGAACCACUGAGGCUCACGUCACUCGUUCAAACUAGACAAAGACUGCAUGAUUACUCGACCGCUGUUAAAAGCUGCAAACAAGUCAACAAAAAUCUGAGUGACAUGGGUAAGGAGUUGGAACUGAUCGGUCAGUUUACAAGCGUUGGAGAUUUGCCAGAGAAACUUACACAGGCUGAAGAAGCCAAAGUCGAGGUUGAGGGUCAAUUAUUGCAGAGGAAUGCACUGCUCCAAGAAGCCAGCGAGGAGUGGGAUCAGUGUGAAAAGAAGUUGAAGGACGCUAAGAGUUGGUUAGAGAAGGCAAGACAGAAUUUAGAAUCCCAACAGAACAAGAAGAAACCGUUGAGAGAUCAGCAUGCGAUUAGAGAGAAAAUGCUGAGUGAUGUUACAAUUCAGAAAACUAAAAUUGCAAUGUCGGUUGAAAAACUUGAGGUGCACUUCAAGUCGGGACUCGUUGCUGACACUAAAAUCAAUGAUAAUGCUGAUGAAAUAGUCAGCGAAUUGAAUACUCUUAAUGAAAUCGUUAAGGAACAGGCGUCUUCGUUAGAGAGUUGUUUGGUACAAAUCGAUCAGUAUCAACAGGAAAUACAACAACUGAGACAUCAAAUUGUCCAAGUUGAACAGCAACUGAGGGCUGCUCUCAGUCCGACUUAUCUACCAAAUGACCGUGAAACGGCAAUGCAAGAACAACAGGCCUUACAGACGCAAAUCGACGAUUGGAGUCAACGAUCGAGAGUGCUGAUGGAUGAAAUUCACACCCUGGAUCCGUUCUAUUCGCCACCCGGUGACCAGAGUCCAAUUAAAAUCACUGGUCUAGUUUCAUACGCUGACAUUGCAGCUGGUAGAUCAAGUCCCACGUCUAGAAAUGCCUCUAGAAAUGCCAGUCCCUACAGAAGUCCACAAAAUAUGUCCCUUGACACAACAACAACCCCUAAAAUCCAUCGUCCCGUUGGAGUUCGUCCACAGCCGAGACUUCCUAAAUCCCACGAUCAAUCGAAACAAGAAAAAACAGCUCAUCCCAAGUCUCAAGAGAAAGCCGAGAAAGUCGCGAAACGCGAGGUAUCCAAGGAGCCCUCUAAGCGAACUAGAGCAACCGCAAGCAAUCAGCAAUCAGGACGUCGUGGAAGAUCUCCCACAAGGAAAAUUGAACAGCCAAAGUCUCCAGCUGUUGAAAUUCAAGUAACUCUUGACGAGGCUCCGGCGCAACAAGAAUAUUCUCAUAGAACUCAGUCCUCAGAGUCUGGAACACUGGCUCCGAGGGAGCCACGCAGAGGAAGAUCCCCAAGUCCCAUCUGGAUCCCAGGAUCCACUUCAUACGCUGAAAUUCUGAGAGGCAAUGUCCAGGGCCCGUUCGCAGCGGUGACUAUCGAGCAGGAUUCAAAUAUGAUGAAAUUAUCAGUUGAAAGUAAACCAGAAGUCACAGAUGUUCGACCUCAAGGAAUGGAGACUGCAGACGCGGGACGAGAAAUGUCUGUUCGCCAUGGACAGCAUCACCCUGGAAGAGAUGUUGACAUGUCUUAUCGGGAAAUGAGUCAGGUUCCUGAGCAAGCUCAAGCAGCUGCCGCACCAGUGAUGACGGAAUCCUGGGCUGAGAGUCCCAUGGACAAUUACCAAGUACUUAAUAAAGGAUAUGAAGCAAUUCCCCAGGCGCCUCAGGCCGAGGUGUACAGCUACAUGCACCCUAUGCCUGAAUUAGUGGGGUUCAUUAAUGCGGGGUUGGGGGGAUAUCCAGUGGGCUCUUACAUGUAUCCUCAGGGGCAUCAGCAGGUCCCCGCAAUGGAGGUGCAGCUGAACCCUUACGAAACUCACAUGGGAUACAGCGAUGAUCAUUACGUCUCGUCUCAGAGUUAUUUGACUACUGGGGUGUAUCAACAAGUGCCACAGCAGCAGUGUCCGGAACCGGAGAUUCUGUACCAUGAGCCACCAAUUCCCAUGGAAACCCCUGAAAUCCCUCCAGAGCCGAGACUUGCGGACGUUCAGAGUCCUGUGAUGGUACCAGAAAUCAUUGAGGCUUCUAAGCCUAGGGAAACUGCUGAACCUAGAGAGCUGGUAUUGACUGAAGAGAGUAGAGAAAAUACUCAGCAGUCGGCUAUUGUGGAAGCAGAGAGCGAUGUGAGAGGGCCUUCCAUAUCUUACGCGAAAAUUUUAUCCACAGGCUUACCUGCGGUCCUUGUUUCGCCUCAAAGUGGCGGCACAGACGCAGCUAGACGUGCGCAUUCUCCUCAUGAGGUCACACCGGUUGAAUCUAAGCUCAAUAGAGGAAACGGCAGACUGCCAAAUGUGUUGGAGGAGGAAGUUGGAACGCCGAAAAAGUCUAAGGAUAAAAAUUGGGAUACGAUUAAAAAGAAAGAUUCGAGGAGAAAAGCUCCAGAGAAAUCUCCAGUCCGAGCGGAACCGAUGCAUAAGGAGAAGAAGCAAAAGAAACAGCGAGAAAGAUCUGAAGAUAUACAAGUUCACAGAGUGGUGGCGGAUGAAAUGUUAAUGGAGAAAGUCGAAAAAUCUGUACCUGUCGUUGAGGUCAAGCACAUCAAGGAGGAUGUGACGAUAGAGCUGAAGGGGGAAGAGAUAGAAUCGUGUGAAGUUCAAACUCAAAAAAAACGUAAGCAAAAGAAGAAGAAAACCGAAAAGAGAUCUCAUGAUGAUGAAAUUGAUAAGGCUCUGAAGGAAAUUGAGAUUAUGGAUAAGAGGGUUAAAGGACAGGGUGAGAGGGAUCAGAAAACUCUGGAAGGAAAGUCUCAAACAGAAACUGAGGCAGAAAAAAUUGCUGAAAAAGGCGAAGUGUCACAGCCCAAAAGAAAAUCUGAAAAGAGUAAAGUAAUCAAAGUUGAAGGAGACUCGGUAGACGCCAAAGAGCCAGGGGUGCCAGAAGCACCCAAGGGCAAAUCUAAAAAUAAAGGGAAAGGAUCUCGUCAAGAUAAAAUCGUUGAUGGGAAAUCUGGAGAGAAAUUGCAGACAAAAACGGAAGAAAAAUCGCAAGUAAAAUCCAAAGCCGAAGCGAAGACUGAAAUUAAGAUGGAAAAGACAUCGCAAAUGAAGCCCUCGGAGAAAAUGGAAUCUAAUGAGGAUCUUCUGACAAAAUCAGAUGGUAAAACCAAGGUGGAGAAAAAAUCUGAUGGAAAAAAGAAGGAAGUGGACAAAAAUCAGAAUCCAAAAUCUGAGGAGAAAUCUGAAAUGAAAUUCGAGGAGACUACCAAAACAAUAUUAUCUGAAGAAAAAUCAGAGACAAAAAGUAGAGAGAAGUCCCGCACCAAGUCUCAGCAGAAGAAGAAAUCAGAGAGCAAAUUUCAAUCUCAAUCUGAAGAGGGAAGGCAAGCAAAAUCUGGAGAGAAAGCGAUACUUCAGAUAAAAUCAGAUGAAAAAGUCGAACCGAAAUUAGGAAAGGUAUGUGAAUUAAAAUCGGAAGAGAGUCCAGAGAUGAGGGUCGGUGUGGAAUCUGAGGCUAGGGCGGAACCAGACAUAUCGAAAUCCGAGGAAAAAUCAGUAGCACCAGUUAUAGAAAAAUCUCACAUAAAAUCUGAAGAGAAAUCACAAAUAAUAUCUCAGAAGAAAACCAAACUCGCAGGCAAAUCUCAACAAAAGUCUCAAGAGACGCCUAAAUAUGAGAAAACGGUGCAAUUAGACACGAAAGUCCAAACGACAUCAGACCAAGCACCCCCGCAGAAAUUGAAAGAAAAAGCUGAAACGAUAUCUAAAGAAAAAAUGGUGGUAAAAUCUGAUGCAAAGCCGGAUUUAGAAAAGGAACUAAACGCAAAAUUAGAGAACGAAUCCCGAAUUGAAUCGGAUGAGAAAUCACAAAUAACAUCAGUAGAUACGUCUCAAAGGAAAUCUCAAACAAAAAACAAGUCUGGAAAGAAAUUCCAACAAAAACUUCAUGAGAAACCUACAGUCGAUGCAACUUCAAAAUCAGAAGAGAAAGCCAAAAUUGAAUCAGAGGAAAAAGUUCCAUUGAAGAUGAAAGAGAAACCAAAAGAAGACCAAACAUCUCUUAAGAAAUUUGAAGAAAAGGUUCAAAUGAUACCUGAGGAAAAGGUGGAAAUUAAAUCUGAUGAGAAUUUAAAAUUAGAGGGGAAACCCAUUGCAAAAUUAGAGGAGGAACCCCGUAUGAAAUCGGAUGAAAAAUCUCAAACAAUAUUAGUAGACAAAUCUCAAAGCAAAUCUGAAAUAAAAACCAAAUCUGGAAAGAAAUCCCAAGAAAAACUUCAAGAAAAAUCUAUAACCGACGAAACUUCAAAAUCAGAAGAGAAAGCCAAAAUUGAAUCGGAGGAAAAACUUCGAUUAAAUAUAGAAGAGAAACCAAAAGCAGACCAGACAUCCGCUAAGAAAUUGGAAGAAAAGGCUCAAAUGAUGCCUGAGGAAAAGGUAGAAAUGAAAUCUGCUGAUAAUUCAAAGUUAGACGUGGAAUCCCGUACGGAAUCGGAUGAUAAAUCUCAAAUAACAACCAAAUCCGGAAAGAAAUCCCAACAAAAACUUCCAGAGAAACCUACAGUCGAUGAAACUUUAAAAUCAGAAGAGAAAGCCAAAAUUCAAUCGGAGGAAAAACUUCGACUGAAUAUGGAAGAAAAACCAAAGGCAAACGAGACAUCCCCUAAGAAAUUGGAAGAUAAGGCUGAAAUGAUCCCCGAAGAUAAGCCGGAAAUCAAAUCUGAUGAGAAUUCAAAAUUAGAGGUGAAAGCUAUUGCAAAAUUAGAGGAAUCUCCUAUGGGAUCGGAUGAGAAAUCUCAAAUAACAUUAGUAGACGAAUCUCAAAUAAAAACCAAAUCCGGAAAGGAAUCCCAACAAAAACUUCCAGAGAAACCUACAGUCGAUGAAACUUUAAAAUCAGAAGAGAAAGCCAAAAUUCAAUCGGAGGAAAAACUUCGACUGAAUAUGGAAGAAAAACCAAAGGCAAACGAGACAUCCCCUAAGAAAUUGGAAGAUAAGGCUGAAAUGAUCCCCGAAGAUAAGCCGGAAAUCAAAUCUGAUGAGAAUUCAAAAUUAGAGGUGAAAUCCCGCAUGGAAUCGGAUGAGAAAUCUCACCCACCAUCAGUAGAUGAAUCUCACCAGAAAACCAAAUCUAAAAAGAAGUCUCCACCGAAACCUGAAGAAAAACCACAAGCGAAACCUAACAAAGCUUCGGACAAAGCUCAGGCUAGACCUCACGAAAAAGUUGGUGUCACACUCGAAGAGGAAUUGUCAAAGAAACAAAUCUCAAAACAAGUGGAAAACCCUCUGCCAGAAGAUGCGGAAAAAUGUGAAAUGAAGAUUGACGAUAAAUUCCCAAUGAAAUCGGACAUGAAGCCUUUAACAAAAUCUGAGGAGAAGCGUGAAAUCAAACUCGAAGAAAAACUCACCAUAGCUGAGGGGAAAGAUCUUGCUAGAUCAGACGAUGCAGCGCCUAAAGUAGACGAAAAACAAAUCAUGAAAGAAGUGCUCGAGCCCAAAUCAGAGGAGCAAGCAGCACCCACUCCUCACGAGGAGAAACUAUUUAUAGAAAAUGAAUGUUCUGUACCGUUGGAAAUGAAAACCGAAAAUCAAGAGUCGAAUGAACCUUCCAUACAAGCUAGAAGUUCACAAAUAAAUCUCCCAAUACAAGAGCUUCUUUAUACCAAACCAGAGAAUAUACCCGACCCUCAAGAUCAGUCUGGUGGUCCGAAAACAGGAGUCAAACCUGUUGAUAUUUCUGCAGAAUCAAAAGAAUCGAUCUUCGUUCCUGAACCCGUUCACGAAGAAAAAUCAAAACAUCCGCAAAUUGCGAUACCUGAACCAGUUACUCAGAAAGAGAAACCAAAACAGCUUUUAAAAUCGAAAAAACCAAGCGAAGAAAACGUAAUAGUUGAGCAAAUUGCUCCGAUGAUCAUUGUAGAGUCAAAAGAACACACAGAGAUCAAGAGCAAAGGUGAUGCCAAGAAAUCUGCCUCUAAACCCAAGACAGUCUCUGCCUCAACUGUCUCAGAAAUUCCAGUCAAUGGAAAAAAUAGACCGAAAGCCUCUCAAGUUGAAGAGCUGCAUGCUAAAGAUAUUAAAGGAGCUGUCACAAAAUCACAAGUGGGUAAAGCAAUGAUCAUCGAGACAACUGUGACAACCGUAAAGACAACAAAAACAGGAAGUGAAGAAAUUCUUCCUCCUAACGUAAAAUCCGCUAAAUCUGUGGAAAUACUGGAAAAUGUUCCUCUCUCCAACACUACUAAGGUCGAGGAAUUAGUGGAGUUGAGGCCAGCUAGCGUUGAAGCUUCGCUGACAACUACUUACGCUAUGGUUCAACCACCACCUCAAGAAGUGGUUGAGCAGAUGGCUUGUCGUAUACCACCUGGAACCACAUCUUCUAAUGAGAGUAAGAAAUCUGAGGGUUCUUCUUAUGAGCUUUCUAGUGACGUGACUCCUUCUCUUACAUCUCCUCUAGUUGUUGACAAAGUAGGAACCAUUGAGAACGCACAAAAAUCCGAUAUAAUUACUGAAGUGGAUCAAAUUAAAGACAAACCAGAAUUUGAGAUUAAAGGCAAUGAUUCACCAUUGUUUGGAAGCGUCCAGGAUAGGAGGAAAACCAAAACAAAAUCGAUGAGUUCUUCCUCUGUCGAAGAAGACAAAGAAACUGUUCAAAUACAAAAGACUGAGAGUUGUGCUGAAGACGAAGAGAUCGCGAGGUACAUGGGGUGUAGCCUUCCGCAGAAGGAGGCUGAUUCGUCUAGAGCGUUUAUUGCUGAGGAGCUCAAGCAAUUAGUCACAGAAAUGAAAGGGUCAUCUGUGGCUGUGGCUUUGAAAGAGAAAGAAAUGAAUACUUCAAGGACUGAGAGACCUGUGGAAUUACUGAGUGAUAAGGCUACAGAACAAGAAAAACUAUCAAAAGAAAAUACCUCCCAGGGUGAUGAUUCAAUUUCCCGAAAAUCACAAAAAGUAUCCUCUUUGAAACUGCUUGAUGCAGAGAGAGCAACCAAACACAUUUCUCAUGUCGAGGAAUCUAAACAACAAGCUGAGUCACAAAAAACGGAAUCCACAGACUUGGCCAGCAAUUUAAUGUCUGAUCAUUUCCUCCAACCUUAUUGGAUGCACUAUCAUCAGUAUUCGGAAGCCGAGAGUUACUUUUACCAACACUUCAAAGUGGUCCAAAUCCUCCAAGAACCGCAAGCUCCGGUGUCGUCAUCGGAUGGACCGAAAUCUAGUGGUCCGGAGAGAAUCGUUCAAGAGUCGAUAACGAAAGUGACGGAAGUUGAACCUAAACCGACAGAAAAGGCCAUUCAGGAACCAAAAAAGAGACUCACUGAACCGGAAGGCAAACGACCACUAGAGAAGGUUUCCGAAAAGCUUCAGAAACCAGUGAAAACUUCAGAAGCUCAAGACAAACCUCCAGUUUUAUUAGAACAACCAUCGAAACAUGCGAUCUCAGAUACGAAACAUUUUGAAAAACAGUGUGUUGAGGCAACCCAUGUUCCAGAAAAAAUUGAAUCCUCAGACAGAAAAUCAACAAUUGCGGCAACUGAACAGGAGACGUUGGAAAUUGAAAAACCGAAAAUCGUAAUGAAAGAGGAGAAACCGAAAGGAGUUCAUCUGAUCGCUGAUGACGAUUGGUUGAGCAUAUUGGAUGAGCCCAUGGUAAUCGAAGAUGACGGCUUCGAUGAUAUUCCACAAUCUCCAAAAAAUGGUGUCAAAUCUGGAGAAAAAGCAUUAACGGCACAGCCCUCUGUGGCUCCCUCUAAGUCACCGAAAGAGGCAAAAAAGUCUUCUGGGAAGAUAUCUGAAGAACUCUCUGUGAAAUCAAAAUCAGAACAAGAGAAAACGAAUGAGAUGUGCAUAGCAGUGGAAGAAAAAUCUGGCCCCAGUGAAAAAUCACUAGAAGAAGGGCCCAUUGUAAAGAGUCAAGAUACAGAUAAGGAGAAAUCAACAGAAAAACCGGAGAAAUUGGAAGAGUCUUCAAAGGAGACACUUCAGCAAGAUGGAGUUGAAAAGUUGGAGACGGUUUCAGUUCCUGAAGAAUCGGUGAAGAACAAAAAACAAGGAAAAAAAACAAAGAAAGCCACUACUGCGUCUGUGGAGGUUGCAAUAAAAACAUCGGAUGGAAUAUCAGAAAUGAGUAAACCUGAAGGGUCUCAAGAAAGCCCUAUGAAAUCUGAUCUAUCAGCCAUCAAAGCUACAACUGAUGACCCAAUUGCUGAGGCAAAUCCAUCAGGCGGAAAAGAAACAGGAAAAUCUUCAGAGAAGCUCGUUGAAACACCGCAAAAAGACACAGAAAAAAUUCCACGGCAAUGUGUUAAAACUUUGACGGAAUUGGUCACAACAAUAACUGAGGCGAAAUUAAUGGAAGUCGUUCCAGGGCAGAAGAACGAUGAACCACUUUCAACGGCAACCCAGGAGCUUCCGAAGUCCAGUGAACUCACACAACCCGAUGAAAAAGGCGAGAUUGUUCAGGACUUACCGAAGAUACCUUCAACGCCUCAUGACAAGCCGGUCGAAUCGUCUGCUGACAAGUCAGAUAAAAAACCGACGAAAUCGGAUAGAACGCAUGUCCAAAAAUCAGUUGAAAAAUCUGCAGGACAAGGGGCUGUGGUUCCUCUAGAAGAAGAAAAUUCUACGACAGAAAAAUCCACUGAAAAACCUGUUGACUUGGAGAAGCCAACUGGAGAACUUGAAUGUAAAUUACCUGAGAAAUCCCCAGAAAAAUCUAAACAAAAAGCAAAAUCAGAAAAAACGAAGAAAUCUACUGAAAAAACGAGCCAAGUGUCUGAAGAAAAGCCAACAAAAGACACAAGUAAAACAGUUGACCCAACGGUGUCUCAAGAACCAGAAGAAAUCGAAACCCCAAUCAAUUCAAAUGGAAAAUCAUGGGCUUCUAUCGUGAGCACGAAAACGGCGGAAUUCAUUAACCAUGAACUCGAGAGCAUAAAAAAUAUUGAGAAGCUAACUUCCACAUCACCACCAGAAGAUGAACCAAAGGCUGAAACUCAAGUGGAAACUUCAACCCCAUCCUCCAACCCUGAUUCAACCAUUGAUACUUUAGAUUCACCUGUGGCUCAACCCGCUGCAGUCACUCGCAGAAAGACGAAAAAGAUAAAGAGGAAAGAUAUGAAACUAGAAUCUCAAAAAGGAGCAGAAAUUCCGGAAGAGACUUCCAUUGAAAAAUCAAGUCCUACUCCGUCGGAGCAAGAAACCUCACACACUUGGGACAAAUCUUUCGCUGCAGUGGUGGGUCAAUCCGACAGUUCUUCUCCUCAAACUAUUGAGAAUCGAAGAAUAGACACUGACAUCGUAAAACCAGAACCCCUUCGUCCUUGCGGACUCCAUGAAACUUCAGACGAAAAUCCUCAAUCCCGUGAGGAAAUUUCUAUUACCGAGGAUCGGAAAACAUCUCAUACGAUUUCCGUCGUUGACGCUCCAAAAAUUCCUUCAGAAACACUCGCCUCUUGGGCUGAUGAAGUUGAGGAUCCUCAAGAUCACCCUCAGCUCAAUUUACCUGCUCACCUCGAUGAGGAAAUUGGCGGCUCUUGGGCUUCGAUUGUUGCGAAAAAUCAAAUGAACGUCCCGCAAAACGUCCCAGAAUGCCCUCUCACUAAAAAACCACAAAUACCAUCAGAAUCAACCCCUCAGAUUAUUGUUGAAGAGAUCCUUGCGCCUGAACCAAUAGAGAACGUGGUGACGGUUGACGAUCAAGGCUUCAUGGAGUUUGUAAACCGACGAGAAUUGCGAUCAAGAAGAUCAAGAUCGCGUUCGAGGAGUGCGAGGCGUGAAAACUCGUCGCAAACUCGAGAAGAUGUAACUAAAAACUCGUCCGAAAAACUUCCACAUUCGUUGGAAACAAAAGAUACACUCUUCGAUGUGAAACAAGAAAAUGAAAGUUGUAAAGAUUCUGUAACUUCCAAGAAGGAAAAGAAUAAGAAGGGCAAGGAAAAACCUCCAACACCUCAAGAUAAAGUCGAAAAACCGAAAGAACUAGAGAAGAAAGAGGAGAAGCCUAAACCAGAUGCUAUUAAACUUGAAGCGAUAAUCCCGAAAACAGUGGAAGAUCCGAAACCCCAGGAAACAACACAGUCAUCCCACGGGAAGAGCAAGAAUAAAAAACAGAAGGGGAAGAAAGCUGAUACAGGAGAUGUGAAGUCCACCCCAAUGUUAGGUUUACAUGAAAUUAAAUCUCCACCAAUCGUGGAGGAGGUAAACCCCACUCCGCAGCCCCUGAAGGAAACCAAAGAAGAAGAAUCAUCUUCCGUGAAUCUGGAGGAAGUCAAAGAAGAAACAGCCGUGGAAGAAUUGGGCAGUAGCACAAAAUCAAAGAAGAAGAAGUCUAAAAAAUCCAAGACUGAAACUAAAAUUGAAAUACCAGAAGUGAAGAUUGAUUCUGUUCCUUUAAUUGCGGAAACAGUAGAGUCGACGCAGGAAUUAAAGGUGCAAAAUGCGCAGCCAAGAGAAGAAGUCAAAUACGAGAGCAAAAAGAACAAGAAGAAAGAUAAAAAAUCUGGCAAAUGCGAAACGACUGUUCCUGCACCGACUACUGUAGAAAUUUUACCAGAGACACUCUCUGGUAAAUUUGAAAGAGAGGGUAUAAACGAGGAGGAAAAAACACCAGCAGGAGAAUCAACAACUGUGCCAAAAGAGCAAACAGAUAAGAAGAGCUUGAAGAAGAAUGACAAAUCUCAAUCAAAGGCUCCUCCAGUAACAGAAAUAGAUAAUGCUUCCCUGGAAAUUCUUAAAGAACGAGACACAAUUCCUGAGAAGGAGGUGUCAACCACUGCCGUCGUCACAGCUACUGAGGUUUCGAAGGACCAAGUUGACGGUUUGAGUCAGUCUGACAAAACCAAAUCCAAAAAGGAUAAAUCCAAAAAGAAACCAGUUGAGGCUAGAGACACUAAACCAGCCGAAAUACGUAGCAAAGAUGAUCAGCAUCCUCAGCUUAUCACUACUGAGCAAAUCACGCCGGAAUCUACUGAAGUACCAGUCGUGGGAAUCGAUACCUCAGAAGUUGCAAAGAAAGAAGCGAUUGCAUCUGUUCAGGUGAAAGUAGAAAAGACGAUCGAAGUUUCCAAAAAAGAGGAUGAGAAUUCUCUGCCGAGAGAUAACAUAUCCAUAGUUGCUGAGCAAGACGACCAAAAAUCUCCUCACUCAAAGGCUCCUCCAGUAACAGAAAUAGAUAAUGCUUCUCUGGAAGUGUCAAAGAACCAAGUUGACGAUUUGAGUCAAUCUGGCAAAACCAAAUCCAAAAAGGAUAAAUCCAAAAAGAAGCCAGUUGAGGCUAGAGACACUAAACCAGACGAAACACGUAGCAAAGAUGAUCAGCAUCCUAAGCUUAUAACUACUGAGGAAAUCACUCCCGAUUCUACUGAAGUACCAGUCGCGGGAAUCGAUACCUCGGAAAUCGCAAAGAAAGAAGCGAUUGCAUCUGUUCAAGUGAAAGUACAAAAGACGAUCGAAGUUCCUAAGAAAGAGGAUAAGCAUUCUCUGCCGGGAGAUAACAAAUUCACAGUUCCUGAGCAAGACGACCAAAAAUCUCAAUCAAAGGCUCUUUCAGUAACAGAAAUAGAUAAUGCUUCUCUGGAAAUGUCAAAGAACCAAGUUGACGAUUUGUGUCAAUCUGGCAAAACCAAAUCCAAAAUGGAUAAAUCCAAAAAGAAGCCAGUUGUAGCUAGAGACACUAAACCCGAUGAAACGCGUAGCAAAGAUGAUCAACAUCCUAAGCUUAUAAUUGUUGAGGAAAUCACUCCCGAAUCUACUGAAAUACCAGUCGCGGGAAUCGACACCUCGGAAAUCGCAAAGAAAGAAGCGAUUGCAUCUGUUCAAGUGAAAGUAGAAAAGACGAUCGAAGUUCCUAAGAAAGAGGAUGAGAAUUCUCUGUCGAGAGAUACCAUAUCCACAGUUCCUGAGCAAGACGACCAAAAAUCUCAAUCAAAGGCUCCUUCAGUAACAGAAAUAGAUAAUGCUUCUCUGGAAAUGUCAAAGAACCAAGUUGACGAUUUGAGUCAAUCUGGCAAAACCAAAUCCAAAAAGGAUAAAUCCAAAAAGAAACCAGUUGCAGCUAGAGACACUAAACCCGAUGAAACGCGUAGCAAAGAUGAUCAACAUCCUAAGCUUAUAACUACUGAGGAAAUCACUCCCGAAUCUACUGAAGUACCAGUCGCGGGAAUCGAUACCUCCGAAGUUGCAAAGAAGGAAGCGAUUGCAACUGUUCAAGUGAAAGUAGAAAAGACGAUCGAAGUUCCUAAGAAAGAGGAUGAGAAUUCUCUCCCGAGAGAUAACAUAUCCACAGUUCCUGAGCAAGCCGACCAAAAAGCUCCUCAGGUAGAAAACGUGAUCGAAUCGCCGAACAAAGAAGUUGAAAAAUGUCUUCCAAUAAAGACAGAGAAACCUGAACCUCAGGAAAGGACUGUCGAAUCAACUCCGAUCAAAUCAGAAUCGCAGACUGUCAGCGAUCAAUCUAUCGCGAAAACCCAACAAAUCCAAAGUUCUGAACAAACUGUUGCACCUGCUCAACUGAAGACCGACCAACAGACGAUAUCUUCCCCUCAACCACUCGAAAAAUCUCCGCAAAAACCGAUCAGAGUGAAAAUAGAGCCAAAAUCAGAACCCACUUCUCCGAAGCCUGAGCAGUUGGACCAAGUGGAACCCCCAACCCCUGAGGACAUCAAAGCCGCCGGCUUCUGUCUCAUCCACAACGACCCCGAGGCAUUCAAGGACAUGGUGAUAAUUCCACCGCCGGUCUCUCAGCAGACUCCCCCAAAAUGUUCGCUGCCAAAAGCGAAAGCCUCUUCCGACCUUCAAUCCCAAUCCGACAUGUCCCCAGUCGAAAUUUGCGAGACUUCGUCCGAUAAAGUCCAGUUUUACAUCGACGAGGACGACAUUGUGGUCAUCAGUCACACACCAAAGGAGGCAAAAUCGCCGAAAAUUCUGGAAAUAAUCGAAAUUAAAGACGACGAACUCGAGGAAUCAGCAAAAGAACAGUCAAAGUCCCCGCAAACAUCGAACCUAGCAGAAUCAAUGUCCAUGGACAGCUUUUGGUACAGCAAACGCCAGUACCACACAGCCGAGAGAGACUUCUUCGAGGCACUCGCCUCAAAGCCAAAGCAAAAGGUCUCGGAACCACUAGAUAAAUCAAAUCGCGACAAUAACAAUGACGAUUCCCACGGGGAUUCGGGUAAUGGUGGUGGUACCAAAGACACAACUAACACAUGCACCACAUCGGCAUUACCAUUUACCGAAAGACUCGUCGCGGAUUUACCGGGUGGCAUGUGUAGCUGGAACGACUACAGCACCUAUUUAGCUAUCGAUACUGACGACACGCGGGUGGAUCCACGUAACAAUUAUCAAAAUGACAUUACCAAACGCGUCGAUAACGAUCACCAAACCUCCUAUUACAUUGCUUCUGUAUCUCUUCUCUCUGAAUCUAUGAUAUCCCAUUCCGAUAUUCCCUCUCCACAGUCCACACAUUUAGGUAGAGAAACUGGGGAAUCAGUGGUGCUGUCAACUGACGAUGUCGAGGCGGAGAUGGUGAUGGAAAACGUGACUAAUGGAAUUCUUGGGUUCAAGGAGUCGCUGGAGGGUGAUAUUCAUAAUCUCAGAGUGGCUGUUAAUAGACUCGAAGAGGCCCUCGGUGAUUUACCGAGGGAUAGUUUACAGACAAUGCUGUUAACGCUUGUGACAAUUCAAAGGGAUCUUCAAAUGCACGACCAAGCAGGCACAAAACUUCAGGAAGAACUCAGUAAAAUUCAUCCCAGCGCGGAUACUCAGGAACUAGCAGCUUUGCUAGCUGGAAUUCGUACGAGGAUUGUAGCUCUUCUGUCCCAGGUAGAGCAGGGACGAAUGACCCUGGAGAGAGCACAAGCGGAUCAAGAAAGACGUGAGCAGGAGGUCCUCGAGUACAGGAAAUUCCUCGAUGAGACUGACGUCUGGUUGAGGGCCUUGAUCAUGUCGUUUAGUCAGCAGCACACGUCCGAGUCGUACAAGGCCCUGCAGGACGAGUUGAAGAGCAAAGCAGAUCGGGUCACCAAGCUGGAGGCUCUUCCCGAGGUCAAUGCAUUAGCAAAGGGACUGAAGGAUGCACUGAUGGAGAUGAAGACAAAAAUAAGUGAAAAGCAGCAGGAAUUGGAGGCCGUGCCCCUGGAGCCCGACGGCUCGUCAGUGGAUCAGGCGCCAUCCCUUCCCCCAGCGGAGGAGUCCCCCUCCUGGACCGACGUUUCCCUGCAAACAGGCCAGAGCCUGGCAGGUCAAGCCCCAGCCCACCUCACCAAGCAGACCUCAACCUCCCAGAUCCUCGCCGCCCCGGCACUCCAAGGGGAGCCAAUCCCCACCCAAGUCAGCCUGGAGCCCAAAUUCCAGGAGACCAUCAAAGUCCGAAAGACAGCGGACGACACCCACGAUGUCCUCGAGAUCGCCACCAAGAACAUCCCCUCGACGUCAGACCACACCGACAAGACCAAGACCGAAGACAUCGUCGUGGACAUGAAGUACCAAGACGCCAAGUUACAGCAAUCAGCAUCAUCGGAAUUGAGCAUUCACCAUGCAGCACCUCAGGCCUUUGAAACAAUUGUGGUUGAGCCCGAUGACGUGACGACUGAGGUGGUGGUGGACGCUGACGGCACGAGGCGAAUAAUCGUGAGGAAGUUGAAGAGAACUCAAACGACUCAACAACAAGUCUCGCAGGUGUCGACUCUUCUCGGUGAGGCCCCAGCAGUGAAGACCUUUUCAGAAGCGACAAUGCGAGGUCAGCAGAUCACCCUGAGUAGGACAAGGCCCGAUGGAACUGUGGAGGUCUCCACCAGGCGGACUUACGGAGGGAAAGUCACGACAGGAGCACCAGGUGACGUUAACGUGGAGGAGUUCGAGGCGGAGCCUCAGUACACGCGCACUGUUGUCCGAGGGGAGUUGGAGGACGUGACACCAGAGGAGAUUCUUGACGCGGAGAUGGCCUCCACAGCUGGAGAAUACCAGACGAAGACGUCGAGUGUUCACGCGGUGGUGCAGCAGGUGACGAGACGAGUGAUCAAGAAGACGAGAAGAAUUAUCCGGAAGGUGACGAUCAUCGAUGGCAAGGAGACGACCUCCGAAGAGGUGAUCGAAGAGCCUGAGGAGGUGGAGAUCGACGACCAGGACAUUCCGCACAUCUGUAUUAAUGUUGCGAAGCAGGAGGAGGCGAGGUCUGUGCAAACAAACGAUGGUAGAGGACAGGCACCUGGUAGUCCCUUGCAAGGGCCAUUCUUUGGGCCCUUCGAGGGGUCAGUUGGACAAGUGGAAGAAGUAACAGCAGCUGGAGUUGAAGAGAAAAUGACAGAAAAAUUGAUCGAACCAUCAGGUGUGGAAGACGAAUCGAAAUUAAUUGACGACGAACCAACGCACAAUAUCGAGAGAGGAGAGGAAGGAAAAGUCACUCCUAGUUCUCCGGAGGACACAAAAAUAGAUGUUGAAGAGCAUGAAAUUGUCUCGGAAGAAUCAAAACCCGAACCCACUGAGGAAGAUUCAAAACUGCUCGAGGUAAUGAAGUCCUCCCCAAUUGGACUCUUGACCCAAUCGCUGAUCGAUUCUGAACGCUCCGCUGUUUUGCAGAGCCCUGAGUUCACUGAACAGCCCGAGCCACUCGAUAAACCCGAGCCAGAUGCCCCCGAUGAGGAGCAACAGACAGAGUCCACUUGUAAGUCAGUCGAUGCACCUGGUAUCGAAGUAGAGACAGGCACGGUAGAUGUAGCUAAGCACCCUGAGAGUAGCCUCACCGUAGAAUCUGUUGAUGUGAUCAGUUUAAUUGUCCCAGAGGAUGAGUCGAGGAUCUCAGGAGACGAUCAGCAACCAUAUUUGGAAGACCCUCGGCAACGUGAAAGCCUCUCACCCGAAAAAUCAGGAGAAAAAGUGGAAAUUUCGCUGUCAGUUCGUGGAAAUGAGGACGAAAAUCUUCCGAAAUUCGCUGUUGUUACAGAAUCACAAAGACGAGCUGAUGAUAUCUACCAAAUCGUCAAAGAAGCCAUCGAUAUUGAAUUACCCAUCGAGGACAAAACCCCCGAAAUUCCCCAAGUGCUCGAGCGCAGAGAGAAACCAAUAGUCGAAAAAGUUGAGAUUUCCCUGUCGAUCAAAAAGGAAUCAGAGACCCCUGAGGCAUCGGUAUCCCUGCAAACCGCAGUGGAACGUCCGGAGGAUGAUGGGACUUACCUCAUCACGAAAGAGGAAAUAAAAAUGGAGCUCCCAGAAACCGAGACAGUCUCCCAGAAGACAGAGCCCACUGUCGAUCCCCUGGACAAGAGUGAAACGGAGUCGACAGUCAGUCGAAGAAGUAGAAAAAAGAAAAAACGCAAAGAUCCCGACUCCCCGGAGAAAGCCUCUGGGGAGUCCGACACUUCGAUCGCGACGACAAUAGCUGAGUCCACGGAUAUAAACCUACCUUUAUCGGAGUCGCCUAGGCAACCGAGUGAACAGCCACAGCCUGACGUUCUAGAACUAACCGAAACAUCACUGAUAUUGUCUAGCCACCAGGAAGGGACUUGCGAGAUUGGUUACGAGCCGGAGGACAGAACGACUGUCGAGGAGAUGUCGCUGACUCAAGACGAUGAUUUGAGUAAAAAGAAGAGAAAGAAGAAGCGGAAGAGGCAGAUGGAGAGGGGAAUGGGUGACGAAGAGGAAGAGAAAGAACUCAGGAUGGUUUGUUCGGUGGCUGAGGUCGACACCCAAACACUUUUCGAAACCAAAGAUGUCUCGGUGGCGCCUGAGGACAUUCCUGAAGAGGCAGCAUCCCCAGGGCCUCCCCAAACCGCCCAAAAACAAGAAGUCCACACGGAAAUCCAGACAUCUCCGACGCCAGUCUUGGACUCUGGAAUGCAAACCACCGAGCUUUUGCGAUCACCAGACAAGGAAGAGUGCUCGAUACAAACGACGACGCCCGAGCAAACCCCCAGGGCAGAGGGAGGUGUCCAAACGAGUCCCCUGACGAAUCAAGAGCCACCGCCAGUUCCUCCAGUAAAAGAGACCGAGGAGAUCGAGGUCCAGACGACAGUUGACGUCGACACUUUCGGCAUCCAGACAUCCCCGAUGGAGAACGUGUGCGCUGCUACCGCCGAAAUCGAGACCCAAACGUCUCAAGUGUCCCAGGAGCCCGGGAAAAUCUCUCGGACAGAGUCAUUCGAAGACGCCGAACAGCAGACGACCCCUCCCCCGGAGGAGCCCCCAAAAACAAUCCUCGAGGACACAUCGAUGCAAACCUCCAGCCCGGAGGCCCCCGUGACGACUGAAGUGGACGUGCAAACGACCCCAGAGGCACCCGAAACCCAACACCCCGAGGUACCAGGCAAUUUGAUCGAACCAAUUGUUGUUGCAACCAUGGAAACGCAAACCAGUCCCGAAGAUACGCCGCGCAUCUCCCACCAAGAAAUCCAAGUGCAAACCAAGAGUCCAGAGCCGACGGUCGAGUCAGUGAUACAAACGAGUCCCGAGCCAGAGGCGCAAUCGCCCGAGCAAAUGAAUCUCAGUGCACAAACGAGUUUCGAGGGUAAAGUCAUCACAGCUGAAGAGGAAGUGCAGACACUGAGUCCCGAGGCCAAGGAGACAGCAGAUUCCUUCAUUCAAAUCGAGAGAGGUGAGUUGAUUGCGACGAAGGAGGAGAGCAUUCAGAUACUGCCGGAUACGGCGGAGAUAAGUCUUCAGACGUCUGAAGGAGAUAAACGCGAGGAGGUCGAGGAGCCCGAGAAGAUAUCGGUGUCGCAGCAGGCGACAGUCGACUCCGCCGAGGCCUCGACGAUGCCAGAGGUCGAUGAUUUAACGAUUGAGAGGGCGAUAUCGCCGAUGCCCGUUGGAGCCCCGCCACCGAGUCCCCCGAAGGAGCGGGAAGAGCCGCUGGAGCCCCUUCGUGGGCUCCCCCCUCCCGCAAUUCCCGAUGAGGAGAUGGUGGACGUGGAGAGAGAUGGGCAGAGGAAGGAGGAAGCGACCUUAGAAGCCUCCGAAAAAGACUCCACCGACACAUCCCUGGAGAUUCACGUGCAAGCAACGAUCGAUCUCGACAGCACGACAGCCGACUCUUGCCUGAGUGAAUCAACUGAUAUUACUCACGAUACCACAAUUACGGAUGAAUUCAGUGAACCCAGGGGGGGCGACACCGAGGAUAAAUCUCGGAGGCGUGCAAAGAAGAAGAAGAAGAAAUCGAAAACAGGUAAAGAGGGGGAACACGAGCAGCAGGAUCGCGGGUCGAAGGACCUGGGCUCGAUAUUCGGACAGCCAUCGUCGAAAAAAGCAGCUGCGAUGAAGCUGUCGUACUCCGAUGUUGCAAGGAAGGGGUCUCACGAUUCGGAACCUGAGGAGGAUAACAGGGGGCUUGGAGGGGUCUCCUCGGACCUGAGGGUCAGGAGAUUCGAGCAGUACCAGAAGCAGGGGGAGGACUCUAAGGAAGCGGGAUUGAAAGUCCGACUGGAAGCCCCAGGGGCUGAACAGCUGAAGAUGAAGGAGACGCUGAGGGAAACGAGCCCACACGGCGGGAGGAUUGAAGUCACGAUGCAGGUGAGGGAGACGAAAGCUGCGCCAAGGGCAAUCAGCAUCGAAACACCGGAGCCGAUGGACACGUCGGAGGAGCCCCUUUCCCCGAUGGAAUCAGUUCUGAGGAAGGACGACGCUGCCUGGGGAGAUGCAUGCCAGCGGUCUUCACUCCCGGAGACGGCGCACACGUCGACCUUCGGACCCGGGCAGAUCACCCGAAGGACGCAGAUGACGAGGAGGAUGUCGGAUCGUUUGAAUAAUCUGCAGAACGCGAGGCAAACCAGCCUCCUAUCCAACAUCCUCCACAUGGCAACCCUCGAGGACGUCUCGAACGAAGCAUCUGUCGACGAACGAGUGUCAGAGGUUCAGAAUCAGCUGACGCAUCUGGAAAGAGCAGUCGAGAAGCAGGACAUUGUUGUCGUGGAGGAGACUAUCGUGACGAUCAUCGAGAUCAUCUCGACGUGGUUGGAAACCAUCGAGUAUCGAGUGUUUCUGGGGCGAGAGAGUUCUGGGGGACCGACGACUGAGGACAGUCGGAAGAUCAGGGGAUUGAAGGACGAGGUGUGUCACGUUGACAAUUCUCUGAAGCAGUUGGAUCAGAUGCUGAGGAGAGGCGAGCUGGAUUUCCCUGAGGAGGAGAGGGAGGGGAUCAGGGAGUGCGUGGAGGCCUUGGAGAGUCAGGUGAAGGCCAUUGAACACGUGACGAUCGAUGAGGAGCGGCUGACGAGCUCCGAGCUGACUAGGUGGGAGGAGUUCCUCAAUGGAGUGGAGACCAUUCUGAAACUGAUGAAGGACCACCAGGAGGAGUUCCAACGGGUGAUCCAGGAGGGGGGCUCGACUAUCUGGAAGCUGCAGGAGCUCGACAGGCUGGAGAUUGUUAAUAGGAGCCAUCUUUGGAAGGCCAGUAGUCUCGUGACGACCGCGAAGAAGAUCCUGAGGGAUCAUCCUGGGAGGGUUGUCCCCGAGGAGACGUUUGAAGCUCACGAUAUUGGGCAGGAGGUUGAGCAUGGAAUCCAUGUGGAGAGGGAGCGACUGAUGCAGCUGCUGUCGCUCGCCGAGGAGUACGAGCAGACUCUCCAGGAGUUUGCGCAGAUCACGGAUGUGGCUGAGGACCUUUUGGCUGCUCCCAUCUCGGUCGGCAGCCUGGAACACCUGAGGGAGGAAAUGCAGAAGCACAGGAAGUUCUUUGUGAAUUUGAAUCACUGCAGGGCCAUUCUGGAGAGCCUCGAGGGCAAUCUCGAUCCUGAAACCAGGGAGAAGCAUGCUGGACUGCAUGAGGAACUGCACAGUCGAGCCAAUACUCUGCUGGAUAGGGCGGCGUCGAAGGCGCAGCAGAUGGCACUGGCCGCCUCCAGGUGGAUGAUGCUCGAGCAGGGGGUCAAGGAGGAGAGAGGCUGGCUGGGGGUCGCUCAUCAGAGGGUGCCCGAUUUGAGCACUGUCACUUCGUCUGAUUAUGAUCAGUACAUCUCGCUUUAUCAGACACUCUCAUCAGACAUCGCAGCCCAUCAAGCGCGUCUAAUUCAGCUCGUAAACGUCGCCAGUGCACUUGAAGAGUUAAUAACCAUCGAGGACCCAGACGAUCGGUAUUCCGAGGCACUCGACGUCAUUGCAAGACUCCAGGAUAACGUGGAUACUUCUUUGCGGUAUCUCCUGGCGUUCAAAGAGAGCUGGUGCACUCGAGAGUUAUUAGUCAAUCGCCUUGAGAAUUGGAUGGCCAGGGCCGAACGAGAGCUUGGCUCUGUUCAAGAUCACUGGGAGGGACAAAUGCGUCAGUUCUGGGAAUUGAAAGCUCAAUACGAAGUCCACAACAACAUGCGAACAGAGUCGAACAUCUGUUUCGAGCAGUCCCUCCGAAUAAUCCCCCUGUCCGACGAGAUGGUGCAGCGUCAGUUCCAGGGAGAGCUCCAGGACCGCUGGCACUCGAUCUCAAAUCGAAUCCACUCGAUCCAAAAAUCCAUAGCCGAUACCAUUUCCUCGGAGGACACACCAGUGGACGAGAAGCUUCGUCUUCUCGAGAGGGAGCUCAACGAGCUCAGAACAACAAUCGACGGUUUCUACGGGGUUCUCAAGACCGAGGAGGAGCUUGAGUUGUAUGUUGAGAGGCUGUCAGUCAUGUUUGAGAGGGUUUGCCUCAUUCAGGACGAGUUGGGUCGAUUGGGAAUGCUGCCAGCAGCUGAGAGUGAGAAAGUCGGAGUUCUUCUGUCCUCAGCGAGGAGAAUUGAGGGUCAGAUUGGUGAGGAGUUGGAUGCGGCGCAGCUGCUCUCAGAGCGGCUCAAGGCACUCGAGAGGGGUCUCUCGAGGAUCAGGAAGGCGCAUGCGAGACAGUCAUUGAUUCUGGAUCAGUGUGAGGACUGCGAAAGCCAAGGGAGUGAUGUGGUUGCAGGGGGAGUGGAGAGGUGCCAGCAAGUGGCUUCUGAGCUUGAGGUACUUUGGAAGGAGAUCAUGUCGCUCAGGCAGCUCCUCCAUACACUCCCAGGGGGCAUGAGGGUCUCCGUCUCAGCUGUGGGAAUUGAAAGGGACAUAUCGAACCUCCAAGAUGUGCACACGGAACUGGAGUCCAGGUGUGCCAGGCUCUUGGCAUUGUUGAAGAACAGGCUGGAACUUUGGAGGAGGUUCGAGAGACAGUUGGAACUUGUACAGCAGUCGGUGCAGGAGGCUGAUUAUAUGAUGGAAUUGCUGACGGUGCAGGGGACUGUCGAUUAUGAGAGACUGCUCAAGGCCACUGAGAGGCUGGAGGGUUUGAACGGUGAUUUGGGCGCCCGGGAGGUGCUGAUUGGCGAACUUCGCGAGGCGGCUGAGCCCCUGCGGGAGAGCUGCGCUCCGGAGGUCGGCGAAAGGGUAGACGCUGCGGUGAAUGAAGCCAUUCAAGCUUGGGAAGAUACCAGGGCUGAACUUAAUGCCCUCUGCACAAAGUAUCAACGCGCCGUGAGACUCUGGGAGCAAUAUAGGGAGGCCAGUGCUGCUGUAAAAUCUUUUGUGGACACGCAAAUGGGAAGUGUCACCAAUUUACCACCAGAAGAGGCACGCAAACAAGUCAAGGUCUGCGAGGAAACCCUCGCUGAGCAUAAAGAAAGACUGGCCGAGUUGAGGGGUCUGGUGGCACAAAUUGCCUCUGACGUUGGUCUGGAUGCUGAUGGACCAUUGCAUUGUGAAGUUGAGGCGCUGGGGAGGAGGCUGGAGGAUGUCAGGGAGACACUGUCUACUCUGGCUGACACUGCUGAUGCUAGGGCGCUCAAUAAGGAACUCGCACGUGGAGAUUUGUGCCAGACGAAGAAUUUCUUGGAUUCCGUCCAACAGAGCCUAACGACGAUCCCCCAAGGGGAAUCAAAAGAGCAACUGAACCUCCUCCGUAAACACCUCCUGGCGUUGACGAAAACCGAGCCCCAGCUUCAAUCAAUCAAAGACCGCGCCCUGGAGGCCGUAACGCAGGAGCCCUCCGUCGUGGAGGUCCUCCAGCUCUGGCAGCGUGUCUUCCGCGAGACCUUCCAGCAGUACCACCGGCUCUCGGCGCGGCUAGUCCGCUCGGAGGACGUCUCUGCGGCCCUCCGUCUCUGGCAGGAGUACCUCUCCCACGUCCAGGAGUUCCUCUCCAGCGACCCCCCGGGCGACUACAACGGUCUCUCCGAGCACAGAAACCUCUGCGAGGUCCACAAGAACCUCUUGACCGACCAACAGCACCUGAUCCUCUCCAUCAGAGCGGAGAAGGGUCGAGACCUGUCAGUGGCUGAGCAAUUCAACGCUUUGACGAACCUCCACAAUGAGACCCUCUCCAAGAUCAUGGACAGGCACGCCUCAGUGCGGGACAGACUCGACGCCUGGGACAGAUACAGAGAGGACCUCAACAAUCUCCUCGCCUGGCUGAAGGACAUCGAGCGAGAGAAGAGUCGACUCCAACUUCGUUUCAUCCACCUGCGACGCCUCGACAAGAUCCUCACGAAGAUAGAGAUCCUCAUCGAGAGGCUGCCCACCGGUGAAUCCCAGAUGGACUCUCUCGUGGAGCAGCAAGAGGCUCUUCUUGCUGACUGCGAGGAGGCCCUGGCUGUCUCCGUCCGCAUGGAGCACGCCGCCAACCUCCAGAGGGUCAACAACGUAAGGGCAAGCCUCGAGACCUGGAAGGGCUUCGUCAUCAGAAUAAGAAAUCUCAACGCCAAGCACGUGGACCAGACGUCAGUCAUCACCAAGACCCUGACGGAGGUCAGCCAAUCGUUGUCAUCGGCCUUCCACGCAGCCCCUGGCAGUCUCCUGCAGGCGAGAGAACAGCUGGACUCGCUCAGCCAAAUAAGAGUGAAGCUCAUUCACGCGUCAACUGAUCUCGAGACCCUGGGAGUCACCACGGAGCAGCUGAGGGAGUGCCUCAGUCCGUCUGACAUGAAGAGUCUCAAUCAACAUGUUUCGUUGCUCUGGCAACAGCACGGAGAUCUCGAGCACCAGUUGGCCUUGUUGGCUUACAGGCUAGGGGAGAGGGUUGGAUUGAGGGGCAAGUGGGAGAAACGGCUGUCGAGGUUUCUCAUCUGGCUGACGGACGCUGAGAUAAGAAUGCACAGCUGUGAUUCCGGGCUGGAGGAGCCGGAGGAGGCCUUGAAGAGACUCGAGGGAGAGCUCCACGCGGAGAUGGCGUUGAAGCAACGAGAGCUGGACUGGCUGCAGAGGACGGGAGAAGAACUCGUCAAAAUGACGGAGUCUGGGGAGAGGGGGAAGCUGAAGGAUUCGUUGGACCAAGUUGUCGAACGGUGGGCGAGGCUCAUGAGCACUGGAAAGGCGCGGGCGAAUAAACUCGUGGACUUGAUGCAGACGAUGAGCUCGUUGGAGCGGAGGAUAGCUGAGAUAAGGGCUUGGUUGGGAAGAGUCGAGAUGCAGCUGACUGAACCGUUCAUCGUUGAGUCCAAGAGCCAGGAGACGAUUAACAACAAGUUGAAGGAUCAUGAGCAGCUGCAGAGGACGAUUGAAGCUGAGAGUGGAAACAUCGGGGAGGUUUUCAACCUCUGUGAGAUCCUUCUGAGCGACUGUGACGCCUGGAAGACGUCGUUCAAUACUGAAGCCAUCAGAUCCGGAAUGCAGGGACUUGAGAAGAGGUGGAAGUCGACUUGUGUCAGGUCGGCGGAUCGAAAGCGCAAGAUCGCAACAGCUUGGAAACUCAUUCAGGAGUUGGAUAGGAUUGAGGUGGAGCAGGAGAGCUGGAUCGAGGGAGUGGAGAGGGAGUUGAGCUCGAUGGAGGAGUCCUUGGAUAAGGUAUCCAAGGAGGACUCGGAGCAGACCAUGAGCAGGGCUAGGAGGGUCGUCAAGGACGUUGAUGCGCACAGGCCUGCCCUUCAGAUAUUGGAGGGGAGCUACAGCAGAUUGGCGAAGGGAGGACUCGAACCGGAGAAUCUCAAGAGUCUUACAGCUGGAGUGAGGGUUGUUUUGGAGAGGUGGCAUGGACUGAAGCCGAGGGCCAAUGCCAUUAUCAAUGCUCUUCAGAGGGAGCAGAAGGCGUAUCGAGAGUUCAUCACUGCUCAUGGAUCUGCUGUUGUUGGACUGACGCAGAUCGAUGUGAGGUUGACUCAGGUUCAGCAUCUCAUGGGCGAUCAUUCGAUGAACUCGAGGAGGAGACUGGCGCAGGUCGGGGAGAUUGAGAGGGAGCUGGACGUUAUGAGUGGAACUCUACAGAGGGCUGAUCAGCUGGCUCUCAGUGUCAUGAGGGACUGCCAUUCGGAGGAUGUUCAUGCUGUGCAGGAGCUCGUUGAUGAGUACCAGCUGCUGUGGCAGGAUAUCAAGAGCAGGGUUGCCAAGUUGAAGGGUGAGCUGGAGGCUAGUGAGAGGAGGGAGGUCGACGAGGCUGUCCAGGUGGAGACUCUCAAGUUUGAGCAGGACUCGGCGGUUCAGGUUGACACGCUGCCCAGGCUCAUCAGGAUGACGUCGUGCGAUGCUUAUCUGAUGGAGCUGGAAGCCGCUAUUGAGGAGUGCAGGGGGGCCAUGGAGGCGCUGGAAGAUGCGGUGGCGUUGGAGCCUGUGGCUGGACCCGGGUUAGCUGCUGCUGGCAAGAAUAUUGGCAAGCUCAUUGCCAGCUGUCAGUCUGCUGUGGAACUCGCGAGGCAUUUGCAUGGACUGUUGGUACAGGAUGAUAAGGUUGAUGGGGAGACUGCCAGGGGAAGGGAGGUGGAGGAGUUGGGGACGCGGUAUGAGGGACUCCUCAAGAGGGCCAGGGAGAGGGAGCAGCAGAUUAGAGAUAUCAGGUCGCCAAUUAUCGAUACUUACACUAUGCCAUGUGAACAUGAUGGAGGAAGGCUGACAUGUCCCCUCUGCAGUCGCCGCAACUGGGCGCAGUUGGAUAUUGACCUCUGGCGGCUGGAGAAAUGGUUGGAGUACGCCGAAGGCACCCAGAGUGAGCAGCACUCGCCCCCAGGUAACAUCGAGGAGCUGGAGGACAUCAUCCAGGAUCACAGGGAGUUUCUGCUGGACCUGGACAGCCACAAGAGCAUAGUAGUGAGUCUGAACAUCGUGGGAACUCACCUGGCGGACCACACGGAGGACGUGGAGAGGGCGCAGGAGCUGAGGGACAGGCUGUCAGUGGCAAACUCCAGGUGGGAGAAGGUCUGCCAGAGUGCAGCCACCUGGCAGGAGGCACUGCAGUCGGCUCUAAUGGGCAAUCAGCAGUUCCACAGGAUUGUGGAUGAGCUCGUGUGCUGGCUGGAGAGGACUGAGGCCUCCAUUCGUGCAUCAGAACCCAUUGAUUUGACCGAGAACACCAACAUCAUCAGCUCCAAGUACGAAAAAUUCAGGGAAUUGAGGAGUGAUUUGGAGAGGUGCGAGCCCAGGGUUCUCUCCCUCCAGGAGGCUGCCAAUCAAUUGCUGGAGGAGCAUGUGGACACCAGGAGUCGACUUCAGGAGCUCAGGCUCAGGCUGCAGUCGCUGAGGAGGCUCACGGGAAUUUAUGCUUUGAAACUGGGCGCUGCCUUGGGACUCGAUCCCAAGGAGGUGGGACUCGCUGCUACCACUUCGUCACUUGCUGCCCUCUCUCAAGAUCUGCUCGAUGGAGCUUCAACGUCCUCUGGCCAGCCCCUCGACGCUUCAUCAAUUGAUGGUGACGAACGAGAUCGUACGGUAUUGGUUCGUGGAUACCGUUUCUUAGGCCGUGUAUUAAGGGCUUCCCUCCCGAUCCAAGCGCUGAUGCUACUCUUGCUUGGCGUUGCUUCGUUGGUACCCGCUGCCGAAGACGAUUACAGCUGUAUGCUAUCUAACAACUUCGCGAGGACCUUCACACCCGUGGUAGACUAUCCAAACGGUCCGCCGCCCCUAUAAGACUCACAAAACCGAAUCCUUCGAAAAUAGAAUUUCGUCGAUUCAUCCCAAUCUGAAUUCAAUCAUGAAGUAUUAAUUAUUUUUCACACUUUCCUUUGACCAAAAGUCUGUUCCCCCAAUUGUAAAUACGACGCCAAUGAGAAAUGAUAGGCUCGAGAGUUCGUGAAUGUCAGUCAAAAAUGCCAAUUAAUUUAUUCAAUUAUUUUGUAUAUUAUGGUAUUUGUUAUUGUGCAGUACGUGAUUAACGACUAAAAAAGUGUUUUUGUUUUCUCUCGACAUCUACUUACUUGUGAUUGACCGAAAAGUUGUUCACUCCAUGAUUUUUUACUGGUGCUAUUCAGUGAUGAGGUAUCGAAAUGUCAAAACGAAUUUCUUGUCGAACGAUUUCGAAUGAAGGAAAAUUAGGAUAGCCCUGACGAUGUAAAAUAUUGAGGAACACGCGACUUAUUGCCGAAUAGUUACGCUUUCUAAUUGAGAUGUUCUCGCUUUACGCACAGUGAGCUUGAUUAUGUAUUUUUAUAAGAAAGAGCUUAUACGUCGAUAUUAUUAUAAUAUAUUGCUAUGAAGAUUAA